AUUAAAAACAAAGUAAAGCUCAAAAGCGCAUUGUUCGUCGAUUUGAUACCUUUGGCCUGGUUCUGCAUCGAAGUUAUAGAAAAAUUUGCGCCGAGCUAAUUUUGCCAGAGAAAGCCAGAAACGUGGAUCAGGUUUCGUCUAGACGGCUCUUACCAGAGCGCAGUUAUUUUCUCAACUAAUUUGAGUGAAAUCAGAUCUGGUCACCUUUGCGAAAGCCGGCUAGAAACGUAGAACAAGCGUUUCUUAGCAAAACAUAUCAAGCGGGAGGAUUUUGACUCUUGGGACUACAAGGGACCUUUCACGCGUGCAGCUUUCGAGAGGCUUGGUUUCACACGAUUGUGUCAGCCUGUUUUAUUCAGACCACCGUUCUGGUUUCAUCUAAGGUAUGAUGUAUAGAGUGCUAUAUUUAUGAUUAUUGAUCUGUAUUCUGAAUAUUUUUAAUUACCUAAAAUGGACGCGAAAUUUUCUGAUGGUUGUAGUUCGUGUUUAUUGAGGCGACUCACAGGUCAGGUCAAUCUGCCCGGUGGAAGAUUUUUCUGAUCUAAUGUUGUUUGUUCAAAGACGUUAUUAGGUAUUUUAUAGGUGUAAGAUACUGCAGAUAAUAAGUAGUUUGACAGGUUAGUACAAGAAAUAAAUUCUACAAUGCUAUGUUAAUUUUGCGCGUUUUAUUCUAAGCUCAAUAUUCUAGUGAAGUAUCAAAUUCGUGUAAUUCUGCAAUCGCCUUAUUAAAUGAACCAUUCGUUUGUUUUGUGACAAACGACAAAAACCUUGUUGUUUAAUAGAACUUGAUAUUGCUCAGUUGAUAUUCAGUUCGAUGCUUAUCUCAUUUCAAACUCGGGGCACAUUAAGUUUACGCGCAUCUGAAAAAGUUUCAUAAAUUGCGCGAAUAUGCAAGUUUGCAUAAAAUGCGCAUAGGUUUGACCUCGUGUCUGUGCGAAACUGCGGUGUUUAUUAAAAAGAUAACAGCAAUACACCCAGGUCAGAUGUGGUCAAGAUACCUUGUCAUACAUACCUGCGCUAAGUAUAUUUACUAUUCGCAAAUAAUAAUAAUCUUUAAUUCAUGUAAUCAGUAAUGAGUGAGUCGUGGUACAGGGUCAUACAUGCAUGCCGGUUAGAAAGCGAUAGUUCUCGCUGUUUACUCAACUAACGACGCUGAAUACGGUGCGGGUAUUACCGUAUUACGAUUAAACUUUCGCUAUAAUUAAGAACGUGGAAUUAUUAUUUGGCGCAUUAAUUCGACGUUUCUUUAGUACCAAAUUACAGUGCUCGUAGUCGUAGACGGUAAGUACCUUAGUAUACUGUUAACGCGCAAGAUAUUGUUGCUUAAUAUUUUCAAAGAACAAUUUAGUGUGAAACUUUUAUUGUCAGAAAUGUCUUAAAUUUUUACUAGAAUCUUACUACCACUAAUAUAUUUUCUUUAGGAAAAUGGACAUCCCACUCUAAUACUUAGGUCCGACAUAUUUAAGGGUAACCACCCUAUUUGAGUUCCUAAUUCAUUGGUGUUUUGUCUCUUGCAGAAAAUGUUAUGUCGGGUUGACGGUACGCAAGCCUCCUCGGGGCUGUCCUGUAUCUGAUCACAACAGGUUAACAAUCAGACGGCGAUGACUUUGUCUGGUAAGGCGCGAUAUGUUGCUUGUUUGUUGUUAUAUUAAUUCACAGCCACGUGCGCUGGGAUGCAAUCGUAAACCGCGUCAGUGGUGUACGAUUACCGAAUUUCAUCACGAAUUAAUAAAAGUGUUUUUACAGCAGAAAAUCAAUUGUAAAGCCGGAAAAACCAAUAAACGCAAGUAAUGCUAAUGUUUGCGCAAAUGUUUGUAAUCAUUGCGCAUAAUAUGAAUUUUUGCGCAAACCAUUGUUUUGCGCGGCCGACUAAAUUUUAUCACAAAUAAUAAAAACAAUUUUCUCAAGUGUAAUAUUAUUAUUAUAAAGCUAGCGUAAAUUAUUCUUAUUAUUUACGCAAGUUAUGUUAAUGUUUCCCAACUUUCCCCUGACAGGAAAGUUUGUAAAUUGCUCAUCCAAGAUUUCGAAAAUAUUAUAGUAUAGUCAAUAUACAUCCGUCUCGGUUGCGCGAUACAGACUUUCGACAGUGUGAUUGUUUGCGCAAAAUAUUUCAGCUUGCGUAAAAAUAUUAUAAUCUAUGCGCAUUUUUACAUUUUGCAGAAAAUUGUCUAAUGUUUUCGUGCAAAUUUCUAUCCAGGCAUGCUGUGCAUACUGUUAGUAUGAAAAGGGGUUCCUUGUUCAAACGGUUCAACAUGUAAUAUUGUGGCAUUCCUUCCGCAUGUGACAUUCCUUGCCAACAGCCAAGAUCACUUCGUAACACAGAACAGAUGGUGUCAAUAUCCAAAUUAUUAUCCAAAUAUCCUAUGCUAUCAUCAUGUCAGCUUUCACAAAAUUUGGAAAAUUAAACCUCAGUCAAACCUCAAACGAGGAUGAGACUGAGUCACUGAGAGUUGAUAGUCACGCAUUGUUACGUAUUUCAAGCUCUAGAUUAACAAAAUAAAGGUUUGAUGAAGCGUUCCAUCUAAAUAGAAUACAUGAUAGUGUUGUGAAAGCACUUUUUUUAUCCAGGCUUCACUCUGGUUACAUUUAAUCUGUUUCACUCCAAUCAGAAUUAAAUUUAAAAAACACUGUACGUGCUUGCCAAACUCGCUGUAUUUCACAUAGAAUGCAUCUUGGGCACUCAGUCGUGAAAGGUCCUCAACUGUGGGAGAGGAAAAAUUCAAAUCUAUUUUGUUUGGCACGCGAGAUAUUCUUGCAACGUACUAUAUCUUAAUCAUAUAAACUUUCAUCGUUGAUAUAUCAUGUAGAAAUGGAAAAACAGCGGGAUUUUGGCUAAAAUAUUUAAAUUUUUACAUUGCUACCAUAAAAUUAAUUAAAAAUCAAAACGUCUGUCAAAUCACACAAUGCCAAGGUCUUGUUAAAGCCUGUGCAAACAUUUCUCGAAUCAGAUGACUGCUUAGAAUAACUUUUAAUUAAGCAACUUUUCUGUCAACAUAUUUAAUGUACCAUAAUGCACGGAACACCGUGGGAUUUCGCUUACACAGUUAAACGAAAUGACUAGAGAUUAAAUAAGCGUACAUGGAAUCAAAUUUUGCCAUCGAGUUUGCUACAUCAAUAUUGUACAACAAUCGUCUCAUAUACUAGUGGGUUCGUGUGAUCGCGACGUAUUUACACGGAAAUUAAUCUGGAGUAGUUGGGUCACCCCUGGCGACGUACCCGGUACCCUAGGAGAAAAUAAACACUUCCGCUUUAUCUUGUGUCCCUUUCACUCUUUCUUAUGGUGUUGGACUGUAGCUCAACUCAUAAACACAAUGUACAGAGGUGUUGAUGGCAUCCUGCAAUAUAAAAUUGUCUGAUAACUUGGUCUCAGUUGCUCUUUACUUGUCUACCAACCACCGAAGAAUAUCCCUUGUUAUAUCCGAUUUCCUUGUGUGGUAACGUUGUACCAAAAAUGUUGACUUUUACUAGAGCUUAGGACCCAACAAUUAACCUUAAAGUGCCUAUGACACGAAAUUUCACUCCAAAUAUUUAUGGUUACAUUGUAAAGAUCACUUAAAAUGAUUUAUUAUAAUAAUUUCGUUUAUAGAAUUCCGGUAACUUGCUUCCUUUUCAAGAUAUUCAACUUUGUUUCAUAUGCAAAUAUCACCGGUGUGACAUCACAUCACACAAUGAGUUUUCAGAAAAGUAUAGUUUUCUUAACGAAUACCAUUUUAUCAAGGUAAAAUAUUGCGUUUUCAAAAUGUCAUUAUGCGAUGUGAUGUCACACCGGUUAUAUUUGCAUAUGAAACAAAGUUGAAUAUCUUGCAAAGGAAGCAAGUUACCAAAAUUCUAUAAAAAGAAAUUAUUAAGUCAUUUUAAGUGAUCUUUACAAUGUAAUCAUAAACACUUGGGGUGAAAUUUCGUGUCAUAGGCAAAUGCACGUCAAUUUUUGCCUGCUCAGCAAUCCCCACCAUUACAUUUGAAGCCAAUUUCCGGUUUUCCUUUUUUACGAAAUUUGGGGCUACGAGCAGGCUUGUCAAUUUUCACGCUCGCGUAAUCGCGUGCGCAAUGAAGUAGGAAUGUACUCCUAUACAUAUAUUUAUUAUUCUGUUUUCUUUGCGUAUUAUUGUGUUAUUGGGGUUUUUCAUUUCGCAUGUCGGGUUUUAUGAUUGCUAAGUAAAUAAUUGGAUCGAGAAUUGGAUUUCAACUUGAAAUAACAAAUAUCGACUUCCCGCAAUGCACUCUCCUUCUUUGAUUUGAGAAUGCAGCGAGCUCGGCAGAGAGGAUGUAAGAUAUUUCAAACAGCAUGACUUUAGGCUGGGGGUUAAAUGUACAAAGCGAAAACAGGCAGGGAAGAAAAAUCUUGCGUAAAUUAGAAAAUGUACCCAAAGACACCUUUGCGGGCAGGACAAUUGUACUUUUUGUACGAUUGAAGAUAGCGUAAUCUAAGCUGGCAUAAUUGAAAGAUAGGAUCGAUUGCUUUUUGUGUUUGUUUUGUGUGAGAUACAAUUUGACCACGCUUUCUAUCCAUAUGUUCAGAUUCUUAUCAGUGCACAUUAAUGACAAUCCGUAGGCAUACCAUGAAUAGUCUGAAUGAGACUGUUUCGUGUCUUUCGUCUCACAAGAGCUCCGAGAGUCGUUUUAAUUUGUCUGUUGUUAAUUUCUUAUUGGUUCCGGUUUUGUACACAAAUACAAACAUACGUUAAUUGCAUUCAUUGUACCUUGUACGUAGAAGUAUUUUAUUAGAAGAAACAAAGGCUUUGCAGCCCGCAUGUUGAAAUAUGCCCGCUAUUUACAAUUGAGACAGAUAGUUUACAAAUUCUAAAAUAAGUAUAAAAUAAGUUACAAAGGUACAUCCUAUAUAAAGCUAAAAUUAUAUACAACAUAUUUUUUUAUUUAUUUGUUGUAACUAUUCGCGAAAAAAUUACAUUAACAAAUCGGAAAAUAAAAUAUAUACAAGAAGUGGGCUAAGGGCCUUUUAGAAACUAUAAGGCUUUUAUUUAGGGACUGGUCAUAAAGUAACUGCUAGGGUGGGCUGGAGGUAAAUCACAAAUUUUGCCAAUAAGUUCGGUGACCCAUCUUAGUAUGUAGAUAAAAAUUUCAAAGCCCAUGCAUCUAAUCUUACAAAACAUUUUUCGUGACCCACCCAAACUAGAUUGGGAAAAUACACUUUUAUAAUAAAAAAAAACUUGCGGGUAUGAACAUUGUAAAUAUAUACCAAGCUUGACCAACACAUUCAUCACAAAUUAUCAGCCCACCCUAGCAGUUACUUUAUGACCGAUCCCUUAAGACCCCUAGAUUACAAAUUGAUUAAUUACAAUAUGUGGUGCCAGUCCAAGUGUUUGUCAAAUUAACGUAAGAAAAAAAUGUAGUUGCAUAGAAAUAUGGAAUAUAUAUAUAUAUAUAUAUACGGUAUAUAUAUAUAAUAGUAAGGUAUACACUUAAUUAGAAAAUUGGUGAAAUAUCAAAUGCCUUUGACAAGAUCCAGGAAAAUACCAACUGAGAAUUUUCCUUCAUCAAUUGUUUUGGUAAUUUUAUCCACAAAAUCCAUAAUUUUUAUUGAUGUUUUGAUAAUAUUUUGUUUUUCAAUAUAAAAAUUUUGUCAGGAUAUAUAUCAAUAUAUAUUAAGAAUACAACCUGGAUUAAAAGAUAGCCGGUUGUUCUUUGCAAACCUUAAGCGGUAAACCUUAAACUUUAUAUGAUUUCUAAACUGAUUAAAAGAUGCCCCCAUUAUGCUUUGCACGCUUAAAGUUUAAGGUUUAGGGUUUACAAAGGACAACCUUUUUUGAAUUGGCUAGUAUAAUGCAAGCCUUGUCAAUGUUAGUUAUAGUUUGUUACGCAUGUAUGAUGGUUUAAAAUAUUUUCAAAAACUCAUUAAUAAUUCUCAUUCAUGAAUUAUCCAAUCUUGAGUAAGAAAUUAGUCACGUGCAUACGUCUUUAUACCCUAAUAAAAGUAUAAACCUAAUAAAAGUAUAAAACACUCCUGCUCGUCUUUUAAAUAGUACUUCAAAAACUCAUUAAUAAUUCAUGAAGCAAUUAUCCAAUCUUGAGUAAGAAAUUAGUCACGUGCAUACGUCUUUAUACCCUAAUAAAAGUAUAAACCUAAUAAAAGUAUAAAACACUCCUGCUCGUCUUUUAAAUAGUACUUCAAAAACUCAUUAAUAAUUCAUGAAGCAAUUAUCCAAUCUUGAGUAAGAAAUUAGUCACGUGCAUACGUCUUUAUACCAGCUAAAGAACACUUUAACAAAAGACCAUUGUUAUGCAAACUAUAUAAAGAUUUUUAUAUAAAGAUUUGACUUAUUAUGCAAACGUUUUUGAAGCCAUUUAAAAAACUCGCAGGUCGUGUUUUAUUAGGUCUAAAGCCACUCGCGCUGCGCACUCGUGGCUUUAAACCUAAUAAAACACUCCUGCUCAUUUUUUAAAUAGUACUUCUAAAACGUUCAGUCCUACAUUUAAUUUUUGAGUUUAUUGAAAGCCCGUAAACUAUAACUAAGUGGGCAAGUUUUCAAUUUGGAUUAGGUUAGAUAGAGGCAAAGACUGGAAAAGGACGUUAAUUAAAAAAAAACUUUGUUAAAAAAAUUUGAACAUAAGUCUUGCAGCUAAGGUUAGAAGGUCAAACACUGCCAAAGCGUCGCUGUAUGAAAACAACUAAUUUUUAUCACUGUAGUUUUGUGCAUAAAGGUAAGUUUUAAUUUACGUGCAGUGGGACAACAGUACUCUCAAAAUGAUAUACUGGUUCCCAAAAAUUUAUACAUUUUUGAAGUUAACCACGAUCUGUCGAUCUGUUAGUCUGUGCCAAUUUAAUAAUGAACCCCCCAAUAUCUACGUUAACGGCCGCGAAAAUUAAUGACAGUAAAGUUUUUGCGAGUGUCGUUGCUAAAAUCCACGUCACCUUUAUUUUUAGACGCUUUAUGAAAAAUAAAGAAUGACCAUCUUGUAAUGCACUAGGUUGCUUUGAACGAUAUUUUAAAAGUUAUUUACUUACAACCCCGUUCCCAGACUUUUCCCUCUAAGCCUGGAAACGAGGUUGAUUUACUUAGAGCUUUCUCGAAUCAAUUUCGACUUCAUAAAGCUAUAAUGGCUAAAUACCACCAGCUUAGCAUAUAAAACACUAUUUUCUGACCUUUUAUGGUGCUGAACUAUUUAUAUACUGCGGCUAACAUUAAUCCACACUGAUAGUCACAAAAAUAACCCUUAUUCUGUGCCCGUGUCAUUCAGUUAAUACUUGAGUCCUGUAAGAUAUCAGCGUCUGUAUUUCUAUAUGGACAGUUUGCAGCUUUGCUGUAAAUAGUCAGCAUUAUAUCGGUUACUUAAUUCAGUGUCAGAAAAUGAGAUUUUUGAAAUAAGGUUUGCAUUCCUGAGCCUCUAUAUAGCAGCAGGGUUCCUGAUAUUGAUAUCAUUUCGAUCCUCGAUGCAUUAAUAUCCAGACUGAAACGUUUUCUUUUGUGCACGAAAUAUUAUUUCCUCAGGGAAAAUGCGCAUUAAUGUCCAAUAUUUUCACAGAAAAUUUAAGGCAGACCAAGGGAUCCUGGAGUCAGAAAGUGUUUUUGUCAAAUAGGAAGAUCAGAAAUCUAUACUUGGUUCUUGGUUCACAAAGGCAUUUUCGGUACAAUUUUGAAAAAUUUUGCGCAAAUUUCCUUAAUUGCAAGAAUUGUGCGCAGGAAAUUAAUUCUCUAAAACAAAGUAAUUUUGAGAGGAACGCCAAAAAAAUUUAAGAUUUUAAACACUUCAUUGCAAAUACGCGACAUUGAAAAAAAUAUUUAAUUUAAAACACUAAAAAUAACUGACUAGAAAUAACAACCAUUUAAAAGUAUCUAUUAUAUAACACUUCAGUCUGACAUAAAAAAUUCCGGUUCUUUUAUGCGAGUUUUAAUACUGUAUUGCAGGAAUGCAAGACUGGAUUUCUCGGCUACAGUCAGAGGUGAAUGCGGUGAAUGAUACUUACACUGAUAACCAAAAAGUAUGCAAACCUAUUUACGUAUUUAUGGCUACGCUGGUUUCUUCGUCCAUACAAACAGUUUGCAAUUUCGCUUUCUAUACAGAAAUCAUGCAUGGGUACCUUACUUUAGUCUAUUUUUGCCCAUGUUUGGUUUUCCUUCCUAUUUUUGUCAACGUGGGCGGCAGCCGCCCAAAAAUUCCAAUCGUGUUGCCAGAAGCCACUUUCGUGCGAAAACAAGGUGGCCUAUGAAAUGUUUUGCAUAUAAUGCGUCAUUUGGUAUAAUCCUGUGUAUAUAAGGUUGUUAGUUAAGGUUGUUAUAUGUAAGAUUGAACAUUUUUGUGCUGGUUAAUUCCAUAUUGUGUGGACCUGCUCGAAGUCGACCAAGUUUGGUUCGGCAAAUACCUUAUAUUGCGGUCUCCUCUGGACCUGGUUUUUAAUUGUAAGUACGAGAAAUAGUUAUACCAAAUUUUUUGAGUAGUAUAGUUUUAGUGCUUUUAAGUAUAUUUUUCUCAAACCGUAAAUAAUAUCUCAUGGUAUAAAGGUUUCUUUUUUUGAGACAGGGAAACAUCAGAAAUCGGCGCCAUAUCGUUGUCUUCAUAUACCACAGUAAUAAACGUCUUAACGUCCAUAGACUCCAUACAGUCAUCUUUCGUACUAUUGAGUUUCGUUUCAAGUAUUUGCCUGUUUUCUUUUACAAAUUAUUUCCUGUACUCGAAGUAGUUUAAUGUAGUGUUUUGAAAAAAGUGCCAGUAGCUGCAUGGAAAUUGAAGACCAUAUAAAGGCAUAUUGAAAGACCUUAAUAAAGGGAAAUUCGUCGCCAGCAAAAGUUGAGAAUAUGGACGAUUUAUUUGAGACUGUAACAUCGACGUUUACAGCAGGACUAAUUUGUAAUUUCAUAUAGUAUGACUACUGAAUUUGUAAUUUUUGUGUAGUUAUCCUCCUUUGUGCUAUUAGAAGCUAUUUUAAAUUCCCAAGAGCAGAAAAUCUUGUGCUUAACGAGGAUGUUUUAAUUUGUAAAAGUCUCUUAAUUUUUAAUUUGUAAAAGUUUCUUCUUCUCUUCUUCCUGAAAUUCUCCUAUUGCUAUAAUUUCAAUGCGUGAACCGUGCUAAAUUAUUAAGGUCUUUCAAUUUUUUUUUUAAAUUGUAUAUAUGGUGUAGAAAGCUGACAAUAAUAAAUAUUUUAUAAUAUCAGUGAGUUUAAGUAAAGCUUUCCUGGCUGCAACGGCAGAUAUAUCUAAAAAUUGCUAAUUUUACGGAUGCGUCAAAUAUUGACAGCUGCGUGCAUACAUUACAAUUAUAUAUUUGUUGUAUGCACAAGCGAACCGCGGCAGUAGCCUACUUUGUCUUUAGAGAAACAGGGGCCACGUCGAAGGACCCGGUGCUUGAUAUUGUGAUAGAUGUAAAAUAAAUCAUAAGGUUUUAUUUGAUACUUGUAUUAAAUUAAUGAGCAAGUAUAUUAAUUCAUAUGUUGCCAUGUUGGAUGAAGUGGAAAAUCUUUUAAUCAUGGCAUAAAAUUAAAUUAAAUUAUGCGUGUUAGCGUAGUGUUCAGGCAUUGAAAUGAUAACAAUGGGCUAAUUUCUAAAGGUCUUCCUUUUUAAUACACCUUGUCAAUAUUUUACGCACCCUGGCACCCGUAUAGGUUCAGCAUAGUGCCCAGGCAUUCAAAUUAUAACAAUUGGAUAGUUUCUAAAGGUUUCCUUUUUUGAGACGGUUAUAGAACUUACCUUCAAAUGCAUGGGAUUUAAAAUUUGCGGUUAGCGGUCUGCCGUAGACGUCACUCGUAAGGUCUCAUGAAUUUAGUAUUAAUGUGUCUGAGAAGUAUAUAUAUAGCAUAUCAGUUUCUUUGAAGUUUUAAUUAAUGAGAUCCCAUGCAGCUUGGGGUCAUCAGACUGGGUUUGGCGGAAAUUUUUAAUUAUUUAGGAUGUGCUUUAUUACCACGCUGACAGCUCAGACCCACCUUAACUCCUUCGAGCGUUUCGCACCAAUGUACUGUAUCAGUGUAUCGAAAUGGCUUUAUGCCGCCAAGUGUCUUUGUCUUUCGCCUGUUUUCUGAUUAGAAUUUCUUCCCAGUCAUAUUUGAAAAUAUGAGUGUUUAAGUGGACCAUAUACAUCUUCCUUACUCUGGUACUGCAUAAAAUACACCCUCCCGAAAAGUAUUGAGCCGUGGCUAUUUGCCUCGUUUCCUGAGACAUUGGCUUUAGAGAUGGCAUAAUUAUAAACAGGUCUUUUAUAUUCACGGAUAUAACUACGCUUUUGUAAAUAUCGCAACAGCCAACAAGAUAAAAGGUUCUAGAUCUGGACCUAUGUCGAUCACGAAAACGACGCUUCAUAGCUAAGAUUGCGCACUUUCCGGAAGGAAGGGUGUAGCUAUAUAUUUUCACCAUGUUAUUUUUUGUACUUAUUCUUCAGCUUAAAUCUUAAGAACGUGUCAAGGCAUUCCUUUGAAACAACUCAUUGUAUUUUUGUCACUUUUCUGUUUACUUGCGUUUAAGCUCAUAAAACAACAAAACAGUUGUUUUUUGUAUGCGUGUUCUAAGAAAUAUUAAUAUAUAUGAUAAAAUUACGUGUAUAAUUGUUUACAUUGAGCACGUACUGAGUAGUUAAACACUUUGUUAUCUUUUGGUAUUAGUCCUAGAACGUCAGCCUACACUGUGGCAAUAAGACAUAAAGACAUAUAACUCAAUACUCACAAUAGAUGUAUCGCCUUCGCACUUUUAUGACCCUUUUACCUAUGUUGUGUAGGUUGUGGUUGAGCUUUUAAAACAAUAUUGCUAUUACGAAGCCUAGUCGAAUUGUAAUCAAGCAAAGCCCAGUCGAAUUGUAAUCAAGACCCAACGUUUCGACACUCCAGUCUAUAGUGUCUUCAGCAUGGGUGAUCUAAAAAUGCAAUCGUGGCUUCUUAUAUACCCAAGGGAUGACGUCAUCUGCCAGUGAGACGCAUGUAUUCCUCUGGCAAAUAGGCACCGUCAUCCCUAUUCAGACUAUUCAAAGCAUGAUUACUCAUAUUUAUAUGCGACGCUUCUUCAAAGUCUUUGACCAUAGCGAUUGUUUGUGGUAAUUACUUUAGAGUUUCCCCACGCAAUCCCGUAUUUGGUGUAACACACAUGUUCUGGGUAUAUAAGAAGCCACGAUUGCAUCUUUAGAUCACCCCUGAUGAAGACACGAGACUAGAGUGUUGAAACGUUGGGUCUUGAUUACAAUUCGACUGGGCUUUGUAAUCAUUUAUUUAAACCAGAGUAGCGAGGUCGCCUCAUGAUUAAGGUUUAGUCGAGUUAGGAAGGACGACCUUUUUUGAAUUAUUAUUUUGAAUUAUUCUGGCCACUAUCAGUUUCCCCAAAAAUGUUGGCGAGCGUGGGGGGGGGGGGGGAGGUUUAAAAAAAAAAUUUUUCCCGACAUUAAAAAAAGGGUCGAAAAUUUUUUUCCGGGCAUAAACCAUUCAAAUUAAGAGUCACAAGAAUGUUUCCGUACAAAUUCCUGCUAAACCAUGAGUGAAAGUCUUAUUUUUGGACCAAUAUCUGUAAAAUUUAGAUCUAUAAAUUCUAUUCAAUUCCCUCUGAAAGCCCUGUAAGUUACUUAAUAACUGCACAUUCUAUCAUUUAAAAUCUUUGAUUGCCCUGCCAAUCCAGAUGAUUCGCCCUGCCAAACCUGAUAAUUCGUGACAAGGCUUGCAUUAUACAGCUAAUUCAAAAAAGGUUGUCCUUUGCAAAACUUAAACCUUAAACUUUAUUAAGCGUGCAAAGCAUAAUGGGAGCAUCUUUUAAUCAGUUUAGAAAUCAUAUAAAGUUUAAGGUUUACAGUUUAAGGUUUGCAAAGAACAACCGGCUAUCUUUUAAUCCAGGUUGUAUUCUUAAUAUAUAUUGAUAUAUAUCCUGACAAAAUUUUUAUAUUGAAAAACAAAAUAUUAUCGAAACAUCAAUAAAAAUAAUGGAUUUUGUGGAUAAAAUUACCAAAACAAUUGAUGAAGGAAAAUUCUCAGUUGGUAUUUUCCUGGAUUUUGUCAAAGGCAUUUGAUAUUUCACCAAUUUUCUAAUUAAUUGUAUACUUUACUAUUAUAUACAUUUCUAUACUAUUAUAUACUAUUAUAUAUAUAUAUAUAUAUAUAUAUAUAUAUAUAUAUAUAUAUAUAUAUAUAUAUAUAUAUAUAUAUAUAUAUAUAUAUAUAUAUAUAUAUAUAUAUAUAUAUAUAUAUAUAUAUAUAUAUAUAUAUAUAUAUUCUAUACUAUUAUAGAGGUUAAGAUACCCCGGUUUCGGUGUACGGGUACGAGUAGUGUCAUCUUGUUUUACUGAUGUCUGUAAUUCGAUCAUACUUUUUCUGUUUUCUUGCAAUAGACAAUGAUAUAAUGCGAAAAAUGUGCACCUUAAUUACGAGUAAAGGUACAGACAUCGACGAAAAUGUUGCUAACCAAAAUCAUGUUACUCGUACCCGUACACCAAAACCGGGGUAUCUUAACCUCUCUACUGAAACACUCGAGCUGCGCUCAGCGCUCUCGUGUUUUAUAUCUGAUAAAGCACUCCUGGUCGUGUUUUAAAUAAUACAUAUAAUUAGAGAGGGAAUAGCUUUUUAUACCUUUUCAGCGGCAACUGCAGUGUAACAAAUUUAGAACUAUAAGAUGAUGUGAGUGUGAUGUAUGUAUAUUAAUAUACUUGGGGAUCUCAAGAUUUGACCUUCAACUUGAAAACCCGCUUUAAUUUGGUUCUUUAUAAACGGUAAUAAUGAUUUAUUUAUAUCCAUGACGUGCACUUAAACUUUCACAGUACUUUCCAAAUUGCUUCCUGACCUAUUAGUAUGUGGUGCAUUCAUUUUUAUGUGGUGCACUCAAAAUUAAUUAUUUUGUUUUGAUCGGAAAUUUACUAGGAAACGCUGUAAUUGUUUUGUUUUGUUUUCGUAAUUCUAAUUACAUAACUUCAAUAAGACCCGGGAUGGGCUGCCUGUAGUCAUCCAUCAAAUCGAAAGUGCAUUAGCCAUUGAGACUUGAGUACUAUAACUUAAACUAAACCAACUUCAUUUAUAUUGGGAAGCUCUUUCAGCUUGAAACUUCUGUUCUCAGAGGUGCAGGUGUCCUGACCUAAUUAGCAUAAACAGCGACGCACAUCACUACAAUUCGAUAGGCACAUUUUUUGCAAUCAGAUUUUGAUGGUUCGAUAAAAUGAGAAAUCAUUUUCAUUUCUUUGAAGGCGAUUUGCGAGCUCGUAAAUAUAGUCAAUAUCGCUGAUUUUCCUUCCGAAUGAAAAUUGUAUAUUCUUGGAAAGUUUUAACUUAAUUGACGCAGGAUAGUCUAGUGACAUGUUAUACGAAAAACUUUUUUUAACUUUGUAAAAUGUAAAAUGUGAAAGUUGAACAGUACUUAAAUUCGUAGACAUUCCAAGAGCAUGGACCUUUUAUAAUCUGCUUGGUUUAGUUGGUUAAAGUGGUAUCUGAAAUCGAGCCCGUGACAGUGAUGAUACACAGUCUGUGUGGCUCGCGCAUUGCCGUGCUAAGCCGUGAAGUGCGCUGGUAGACGAACUGUAAAUUUCAGAAAGCUUUGUGAAAUUAUUAGGUCUAAACGACUAUCAGUAAUAUGAUAAAGAAUCUCUCCUAGGAUUAGCCCACUGGGUGCUUCAAAAACUUUCGCCUGGUGAAGAUUGGAGACAGGGGUCUGUUGUGCCCUGAAGUGCUCUUAGCAUCCUUUCGCUACGGAUAUAAAGAUUUUUUUGCUAGAUAAGUUUUCUAAUCCACUUUGAAUAAAGUGUUGAUUCGUUCAUUCAGUAGUAAAAGUGAUUGAUUCACUGCUAAUUCUUUAUCAUGCAUCGUGUGAUGGCUUCAUCCUCCCCUCCCCCACGCCCCCCCCCUCCUCCCGCUUACACACCCCAACAAACUUACAAAUUUUUAGAAUUUCAAAUGAAGAAUCUCUUCUUGGUUCUUUUAAAAAGUUUCGUGUCUGUCAGAAAUAAAGCAAGGGACCUUUGAUUUGUCAUUUUUUCCUUGAGAAGUUUUAUAAUCUUCUUGAAAUGAAAUGUAGUUGUAUAAAUGUGUCUGAGAUCGAACUAUUUAAUUAAUGAUGAAAAGUUAAAAGGAAUUAUCAUUGUGCUUAUAGGUUUUGAAUAAUUUCCUUUUAGUAAUUGUCUGUGAUUAAUAAACGUGAUUAUUGCGAUUGUCUUCAUGAGAAAAGAUGACACACCUUAAUUUUGUUGUGAUCUUAUACAGGGUGUCCCCCCAAAAACGAAAACUAUUGAAAUAACGUUUGUUAGAAUUUGAAUGCCUCAGCACUCUGCUGAACCAACUCGUGCAUCAAAGCUUGAAAAAAAAUAAAGAAACCGUAUAAGAAGCUGUUUUAAAUUCCCAAGAGCAGAAGAUAUUGCGCUUUACAAAGAUAUUUUAAUUUCUUGAUAAGUCAAUAUUUAAUAUAUGCACCCUUGUCAAUAUUUUACGAUCUUUGCGUUCAGCUUAGGCAUUCAAAUUGCUAGGGCAUUCAAAUUUUAACAAUACGUUAUUUCAAUGGUUUUGCGUUUUUUUUGGGACACCCUGCAAAGAGCCGGCGACGUCCUGGACCUUGUAGCUGAGUUGGUUAGAGCGUUGAACCGGAAUCGAAGGGCCACAGGUUUGAUUCUGCCAGAGGACCUAUAUUGUUGCGAUUUCUUGGUAUCUAUAAAAUUAGCUCGUCAUUUGACAAAUGGGUCGAAAUAUCACACUGAAUAUUAUUCUUUUAACAAGUAGCUAUGUUUUUGUAUUGAAGGUGUUUCUAUCAACGCAUGGGAGCCUUUAUAUAUCAUGUUCUUUAUGAGUUAAAUCGUUGUGAUUCAUUAUGGAAUAUGUUGUGCAUGAUUGCUUGAUGGUUUCGGAUCCCUGCUGUGCUCCAUCACACCCCUUCCUCAUUUAACAACUGUAUAUAAGCUUAUUUACGCCAUUUUGACGUGACAUGCAAUCAGAUCCAGGAUUACUGCAAUUUAAACCUCAUAAUGGAUUUUUCAUAUAAGCAUACUCACUUCAAACGCCACUGGCAUUCUCAGAGUUUGUGAUUGAAGUGAGACGCGCAGACUGCACAGUCCAUCCAUACUUGUACAUUUGAGUGAAUGCAGUUUGUUGUAAAGUGACCUUGUGUCAGAAAAAUAUCAAGUCUUGGUUGAAUUUCUAUUGAAUACACCAGCUAGUUCUUUCAGAAAUUCUCGUACAGGAAGGUAUGCGGGUAAUAAUCAAAUUAUUAUUAUACAGUAUACGGGGAUAAAUCAAAUUAUGUUGGGUUUUGAAUGCCUUUGACACUUUGAAUAUGAACUUGUCUAAAGUGAUCAGGCCAUUGAAUUUGUUGGUGGUACAACGCAAUACAACGUUUUAGUGUGUGUACUAAUGUACGUGCCUUUGACCUCCGUGACCGCGAUUGAUUAAUAUACAGUUGCCUGAUUCAGAGAGGUUCUCUGUGUCUGAUUAUAGUUUCACCUCAGUUGCGCGUGAGAAGAGUUUACCAAACCCCGCAUUCCGAUUUCCUCUUGUUGUAACACAGAAACGAAGUCGAUGAACAAGUAAGCGUUGAUGCUUACUGGACCUCUUGGAAGAACGCUUUAGAAUUGACAAAACAAUCCUAGGACUAUCAUGUAGUAAGUUAGUAACUCUGGAGUCUGGACAAAGAAGCCAUGGGCAUUGAACAUAGAUAAUUGCAGAUUCACAUUGCUGAUAAAACCAUAUUCUCCUAAAGUUGUUCUGUUCUUCAAAAAUCGAUUGCGUGCAGGCAAUCUAAACAAAACAAGCCACUUGUUAGCGUUUCAAAUUUAAACCCUUACGGCCUUACGCAUUAGUGCACUCCAUUGAUGAGAGGAUUUACAAGGGCGCUUGAAUACACUGCAGUUAUAUUUUGUUACCCGACAGACAGAUGGCAGACUUGGGCCACUUGGCAAAAAGGUAUACACCCAUAGGUUGGGGUGUAGAGGAUCGAUAUGAGGCUCAAGUGAUAUGGUUUUACUCUUAAAACAUGUCAGUAGACCACACCAUUAAUUUUGUAUAGCUGUCUAUAGGGCAUAGGCUUAAUCAUGAUUAGAAGAACUUGCAUUCUACUUGUACUUGUGGCAUAAUCUGCACAAUAUAAAUGGAGAUUCAGCGCCUCUGACGGUCUGACCCCCAGUGCCCAAUGGUCACCCGCAGAAAAUAUUUUAUCGCCAAAAUCACACAUGCAUGUACGCCGUCUUUGGGAAGCGCAAUCGCGUGACGUUAGCCCGUAACCAAAGCACAGGCAAACCAUGCAACGCCAACGGAAAUCUUGCUUGUUUUAGUCUAAUAAAAUCUUUAAUCAAAUAUAGCAAAGACGAGUUGUAAAUAAUGCUACUGUGUAUAUCCUCGAAUUUAAUUUAACAAAUUGAUCCGUAAAGAUGUUGACAUUUCAAUCUCACCGGAAUUGGAAUUUAAUUUUAAGAAACGCGGAUACUCGCGUGCCUGUUACACCAUUCGUAUACAUUCUAACAGAUUCUAUUUGUUCUCUAGGUCUUUGGCGAGUGACGAGAGACGGCUGAGCUAACUGCGUUUUGGCCCAUCGAUCGUUUUCUAAGCCAAAAAUAGUCUGAGUCUCUGCAUUCAAGGUCGCAUAGUCUGAGUCAAGGGCACACAUUCAAGGUAGCAUCUCCACAGCAACGUUUCUCUGAGGACAGGUCACAAAAGCUGAGAAUCGAGCUAACGGUUUGUGGUACGUAUCGCUUUAUUAUUUACAUUAUUUACCGUAAUUUACAUAUUUUGCGAGUGCGCACGAGAUUGAUUACCCAUUUGGACCAACUUGGGGAAAGAAAAUAUAUAGUUCAUGAAAUCUGAUCAUUCAAUGUUCAUAACUAAACACUGCAAAAACCAAAACAGACCAUCCGUCAAGGUAAACCAUCUCCGAAGUUUGUGCGUACCUCUUAAGAUAAUCUAUAUAACUCGCAUAGACAAUGGGCAAAGCAAUCGAUCGAAUAUUCGUAUUUAGGGCCAAUUUACGUGAUUCGUGGUUGGCGGGGGUUUAUAUAGACAUACAGCUUGAUUAUUCUGAAUAUGUUUCCAGAAAAAGCAUUUAAGACGUGCCUAAAAGGCAAAUUUAAUCCCGCCUAGACGCCUAGCCGGGUUAGAGUGUUUAUAUGGGAAUUUCGCGCUACCCCCACUAGGCUGGAUGGAACUGGGAUUAUGUAAAUACUCGUUUCAGGAGUUUAUUUAUAGGACCGGGAUCUCAGCAACUAUCCCUCAAACUGUCUCGUCCUUCCUAGCCGGGAUCAUAUAAACAGGCCCCGUCUCGAGGGGGCAUUGCAUUCUCGCCAAUAGCUACAUGCAUAUGUUACCAAUUAAUUAAUAAACACUUGCUUUAUCUAAAUGCAAUUGAAAAAUAUUUGCAAUUAGAACUAUGCCAAGGUCGAUGACAAAUUCAAAGGGGCCAGAAAUUCAUUGUCAGAAAAAAAUAUUUAUCUCUAUUUAUUUAUGUAUUUAUUAUAUCCGGUAUGCCUCAGGUCUUUCAACCCGUGCUAUUUAUAGCAAACCUUCCAUUCUUCAAAGACCGAGUUAUACAUCUGAAUUGAGUGUUGAAGGGUUUUUGUACAUGGAAAUUGCGAGUGUAAAUUUUAUCGUUUUACCCUCUUUUCCGUUUCCGCUUUACCGGUUCCGCCAUUCCGUUUCCACGUUUUACCCCUCCCCAAUUUUAUCUAUACAUCCGGGGCCCUCUGGCAGGAAUCGAACCUGCGGUCCUGCGAUUUCGAUGCCCAGCGGUCUAACAUGCAGACUGAGCAACAGAGGCCAGUUAUCGAGCUUUUACCACAUGGAUGGAAAAACUGCUCAACAUUUAGUUCUACCGCGCAAAGUUCUGAUAUUAGAGAGGUUAAGAUACCCCGGUUUCGGUGUACGGGUACGAGUAGCAUGAUUUUGGUUAGCUAUAUUUUCGUCGAUGUCUGUACCUUUACUCGUAAUUCCCCGGAGGGGUAGCUGGCCGGGGUUAGGGUUUGCGGUUAGGGUUUGCGGUUAGGUUGCGGGGUUAGCAGGUGGGGUUAGGGGUUAGGGGUUAGAAGGUGGGGUUAGGGUUAGGGGUUAGGAUUAGUGUUAGGAUUAGGGUUUGAGUUAGGAUUAGCGUUUGGAUUAAUUGUAAAUCCAUUGUAACCAAUACUUUAUUGCAUACAAUGGCAUUACAACGCCAAUAAAUUAUUGGUUACAACGUGCGGAACGGCUGCUAUUUUUCCCAUACACAUUACACUGGUAGCACAUGAACUUUCAUUGCGGUGAACUGAGUCCAGUUGUCGAGCUUUCACCAGAGGCGCACGUUCCAUUCCUGAAAAUGUAAUAAAUUUACACUCGAGAUUUUUAUCCGCAAAAAGCCCUUUAAUACCUUAUAGUUCUACCGAGUGAGAUGACCAAAUCCCUGAUAUACCUGAAUUGAACUAACUUUUUUCAGCCGUUCUGCAUAGCUGGGGCUUUCAAGUUUUAAUUGUUCCCCGCAGAGGGCCAUUACUUACUUGACCUUCUUACCGAUAGGAGUAAAGUACCUGGAGAAAACCUGAUGUGUUUGGUAGAGUCAUGCUGGUAGCAUUUUUUCACAUGUGAAUUAUAAUCGAACAAUAAAUCCCGGUCAAAAAGGUGAAGGGCAAAUGUACUAACCACUGUAAAUGUCCUAACAACGUCCCGAUAAACUUAUACUUCUAGAAUGCUAGAUAAUGAAGACUCGUGUUUCUCGUUCUACCUAGAUUUGGAGUUAAAUCAGCCUUUGGAUUGUCAUCAGUGAUGUUGGAGGGUGCAUUACAGUUGUUUGUUAUUAUUUUCCUUGGCUUUCCUUCCUCUGGGCAGACUCAUGUGAAUGUCGAAAUUACGGACAAAAACCAAGGUUUGUCAAUGGGCUUCAGAGAAGAUAUCUAUCUCGUUGCGGUCCACUGUAGGUAGUAUACAAUAAACUGCCGUGGUUUGUUUCUGAACUACCUGAAAACGAUAUCUCAAACGUGGGGGUCGAGUGUUGGUAACACUUUACAAUAUUAAAGCUGUCGUGGUUUGUGUCUGAAAUAUAACAGUCAAUAGAGGGACACCACCAUCAUCACCACCAUCAUUACGUAGAUAUAUAUAUCAGAAGUCUUUUAGCUUUGUUUGAUAUAUUUAUUUUCUGUUGGACGUCCAUAUUCAACCUGAUACUCAGGGUUUUCACUUCCGCUACCGCCAAAACCCGCCGCAGCGAGGGUUCGUGGAAAUCCUGAGUAUCAGGUUGGUCUAUAUUCGGGUUAAAUUCUUAAGAGGAGAUGUGUUGAUCAACUGUUAAUGAUCAAAUUAAGAUAGUCAGACUGAUGAUGUAUUCGAAAUUAAGAUAAGAUGGACGAGAAAAUUGAAAUUAGAUAAGAAUAAUAUUCAGUGACCUGCUGAAACCAAAUCGUAAUUGGCUGUGUGAAUUUGAUAACCAGCCAGUAUCCCACAGGGACCGCGGAACCGGGGGGGGGGCAAUGGGGGCAUGUGCCCCUCCAUUUUUUUUAAAAGUGAAAAAAGUGCCCUUUUUCUGGGCUAAAGUAAAGUGCCCCAUUUACAGAACGAAAAAAGUAUUUCUUGAAUAAACGCCCUCUUUUGCUGGAAAGAAAGUGCCCUUUUUGCAGUAGUAAAGACUCUAUAAAGGCCAUUUCCGACGUUAUAGAGACUCCAUAUUUUCAAAAAUUUUCGUUCGGCUCGUGAACGACAUAAAAUAGUUUGAUUUUGAUCAUAUACAAAAGUGCCCCUUUUGGCCAAUGCCCAAUGGCGUAGCAGGCUAAAAAAAUCGUCCCGCCAAAGGCGGACCCAUUGCACCGAAGGUGCGACCUUCCUAAAGGGGUUUGUGGGCAUGCCCCCCCCCCCCCGAGAAAAUUUGAAGUCUAGAACCUCGGAAAUGGCAUUUCCUGCGAUUUCGAGGGUGGAAGGAUGUGACUAAACAAAGUUUCCAUACACCUCUAACAGGAGUAUUUUCCCUUCGUAAAAUACAAAAAAUGCCAUCUGGCCGAGAGAAGAUCUGUGUGAGCUCAGAGAAGUGCUGUGCUAGGCAAAAAUAUUGCCCUGUCUGCAGCACAACGAAUAAUUAAUCACUGCACCACGUAUAAUAUCUCAAGCACUGCGACUGCGUAUGAUGUUGAAACCACAGCAAGUAGUUACUGUAGUGGUUUUAUCCUUUACUGCGUAAAUGAUAAAACCACUGCGUACAAUGCUGAAGGUAUACCGCGUAUAACGUUAUACCGACCGCGUAUAAUGUCUCAAGCCCGCAUAUAAUGCUAAAAGCACUUCGUAUAUUAUUAAAUUCUCAAGCACUGAAGCACCGCGUAUAAUGUUAAAAGCACCUCGUAUAAUGUUGCGUGUAGCCCAUAUAUAAUGUCAAAAUUAUCGCGUAUAAUGCUCGAACUCGAAGCACCGCGUAUAAUGUAGAGAGCACCUCGUAUAACGAUAAAAGCACCACAUAAACCACAUAUAUAAUGCUAAAAGCACCGAAUGAAAUGAAAUUCCGCUAUGGCUUUCCAUAAGGUUCGUCACGCUCGUUGAAGCCAUUGUAUACAAAUCACAAAAGCAAUAUCAAAUAUGAUAUGAAUUGUAAGAUAGUAUUGCAUAUUCCGCCACAUGAAAAUCAGCGGAACACGAGACAUGCGAUUCACGAAUUGCGUGAGUAAGCAAUAAAUUGCGUGGAAAUUAGCAGCAGUUACUAGACAACAAAGAGGUCAAAGAGCAGACAGCAAUAUUGCGUAAACUUUAAAUGAAUGACAAAUGAAGGCACUGAAAAAUGAUCAUAAUUAAUAUUUAAAUUUUCAGAAUAAGCAAAGCUGUGAUUUUGGCUUCACUAUAAAACAUUUACUCAUUUUUUUGGAAAUUGUUAGUCCCGCUCGGCGGGACAGCGGGACCGCUAGCUACGCCACUGCCAAUGCCCCUCCACUUUCGAAAUGCUUCCGCGGCCUCUGGUAUCCCAGAAUGCGUGCACUGCAUGCCCCACAAGCACUUUGGGAAUAUCGUCUUCGCAUUUUUUUUAUGACAUAAACUCAACUAACUUACUUAUACUGGAUAGCUCUAUCAGUUCUAAACUGUUUCAACUAGAGGUCCAGUAAAGAUCAUCUCUUGUUGAUCCAAUGUUACUACAGGAGAAAACCUAAACUAAACUAACUUUAUUUCUACUGGCUAGCUCUAUCAGGUCUAAACUGUUCUUCCUACACUCAGCUACAGGUUCAGUAAUGGUCAUCUUCACUAAAAAACAUGCGGUGUUUGGUGUGACUGAGGUGAAAUUAUAAUCAGACAACUGUAUAUUGCAAGAACCGAACCCCGGUUACAGAGGUCAAAGGUGUCAAAUUUCCCAAUCAAGUAGAAUAAUAAUUGUUCUUUAUUUCAGCGGCAGUCUUGAAAGCCUCAGCCGAACAUCAUAUAGUCUUUCCCUAUGAAGUCGACACCGACGGCAAUUUUGUAACCCACGAUAUCCAUCAUCGAACCAAACGUUCCCUAGAGACACCUGAUAUCCAUUACCAUAUACCUUUCAAGAAUGAGAGAUUCCAUCUCGAACUGAAACCGAAUGAUGGCUUGAUGAUUUUCGGUUUGGAGGUCGAGUGGAGUUCUGGAAAGAGAAGACGAGCAGAUAGGAACUGUCAUUUUAUUGGUUCAGUUAGGAACUAUACAAAGAGUUCAGUGGCAAUCAGUAAUUGCAGAGGAUUGGUGAGUAACAUUGGAAGAUUUAUAGUAAAGACGAAUGGUCCGUCUGGACGAACUUGGCAAAGAAAGAUAUAUAGUUGUCUUGUUUCUUAUCUUCAGUUCGUGGGUAUCAUGUAAAAUUUGUUUAUCUACUAGGCAGGUUUGAUCCGAGCUGACCAGAGCAGAGAGUUCUUUAUUGAACCCGUGUUAGGACUGGACCCAAGUAAACACGAUGGUAAACAUGCUCACGCGAUCUACAGAAGAUCUGUCGGAGAGGAACUGGGCAAGAAUAUAACUGAACCAGUUUGCGGCGUCACAGGUACAUCAAUAAACUACCGUAUUAGAACCUCCAUCCAACCAUCGCUUCCUCUUUCUUUCUUUCUUUCUUUCUUUCUUUCUUUCUUUCUUUCUUUCUUUCUUUCUUUCUUUCUUUCUUUCUUUCUUUCUUUCUUUCUUUCUUUCUUUCUUUCUUUCUUUCCUUCCUUCCUUCCUUCCUUCCUUCCUUCCUUCCUUCCUUCCUUCCUUCCUUCCUUCCUUCCUUCCUCGCUCCCUCCCUCCCUCGCUCGCUCUCCCUCCCUCCCUCCCUUCCUUCCUUCCUUCCUUCCUUCCUCCCUUCGUCCCUCCCUCCCUCGCUCGCUCCCUCCCUCCCUUCCUCCCUCUCUCUUUCUUUCUUUCUUUCUUUCUUUCUUUCUUUCCUAAUGUCUGAGAUAAAACUGAAAAAUAAUCCAUCAGUUCAUUCCAUUGAAAUUCUUACCCAAUGUUAUCAUCAACUUGCUAACAAAUUGUUACAUGCAGACAAUAUCAAACUUGUUGGAACAACUUGUUGGAACAACUUUUUGCCAGUUUGUUAGCCUCGUUAACCUUGUUACAAGAUGAUAACAACUUGUUCCAGACUUGUCAAUAACAAUAGGAACAGUGACAGCUGUCAGAUUUUUGCACAUGUAGAACAGUAGAAGUCCUAGAGCUCUUCUUUACUCCAGCAUUUAUAUUUUCUUGCCUUCUUUUGUUUCUUUCUUCCUCGUUUCCUUAUACAAACUAUAUCUUUCUUGUGUAUAUUUCAUAGUUGAAGAUGUCCAAGGCCGCGACCAUUUCGAAGAGCAGCCAAGAGAAGAAGGGAAAGGUUUCUUCGUAAGGCGACGAAAUAAACGUUCCGUCAGCUUAAUGAAACAUGUCGAAAUACUUCUUGUCGCAGAUUAUUCAAUGACAAAAUAUUAUAGCAACAGGGAUUUAGAGAGUUAUCUUUUUACUGUUAUGAAUAUGGUAAGUGGCUGUCAUUAAUAGUAAGGAUUUUAAGUCAUUACAACCUUUCAUUUGUCGCUUCUAAAGCCCAGGUCGCACUACACAACGAUAACGAUACGAUAACUUGUAAACACGCGAUGAUUGGUCAAAACAGUUAUGUUGGUGUCCACAAUACAACGAAAACUAUACAAUUAUCAUGAUUUUUUCUGUGUUGGUGUAUUAAUGUACUCAGGUGAAUGUGAUGUUUGUGAUGUUACUCUGAGUGUAUAUCCACACCGGACAAGCUUGAAAAAUAUGCCUGGCCACGGUGGCAUAUUUUGCGAGCUUGUCCGGUGUGGAUAUACACUCAGAGUAACAUCACAAACAUGAUAAAAUUAUCGUUUGACGAUAACUGUAACGAUUUUAAAAUCGCUCGGGUAAGCGCGCGUAUACAAGUUAUUGUGUCGUUACCGUUGUGUAGUGUGACCGGGCCUUAAAGGCCAUGUUACACGGUGCAAUUUUUCUUGCAACUUGCAAUGCAAUUCUACUCUUGAUAGAUGUAAAAUUGCCAAAUACGAGUCUUCAUUACACUCCGCUGAUGUUUUCUUAACAUAUCGAAAAUUCUUCACUGAUUUCACUAAUUAAUAUCUCUCAAGAGUAGAAUUGCAUUGCAAGUUGCAAGAAAAAUUGCACCGUGUAACAUGGCCUUAAGUCAAGCAUCUUUAAAUUCAACUACAAAUUCAAUUUUAAAUUCAAUUUUAAUUUGAUUUAAUUCAAUUUUAAUUUGAUUUUAGUUAUCCUUGGUGUUUAGACAUCGCAGUAUUGGUUCAGCUAUCAACGUUGUGUUGGUCAGGAUGGUUAUUAUUGACACAGAGCAUGAGGUAAAUUGACUCUAACAAUGUUGUUGUCAUAUUUUGCGGGACUAUUCAUUUAAUAACCAAAAUUUCAUUGGCAAAAAACUAUCGUCGAUCGUUGCGUUUUCGGUGGCAUUAUUGGCGUUUUAAAAAUUUAAAGUUAGUCGCGUUUUUUCUUUACUAGAAAGGAUUAAAUGUCACUAAUCAUGCCAGAAGAUCGCUGAACAACUUUUGUCGCUGGGUUCAAAAGGUUAAUCCACGAUCAGAUUUAGACCCUCAACAUGCUGACGCUGCAGUUCUUGUUACCAGGUGAGUACAUUUGGAGUCAAUCGUUUGCCACUGAACCUUUUUAACUUUAUUUAUAUUGGAUAGCUCUAUCAAUUCUUCACUGUUUUGCUAGAGGUCUACUUUUCAGAUCUUCCGUUGCUACCUCCAAAGUCUAAAGGUCUAACUCCAAACCAAAAUAUACACUUCAGUAACUUGUGUAAUUCAAAACUGAGUUGAAAUAUGAAUUGUGGAGUUACUGGCUAACUCCAAAUAUCAUUUGGAGCUAUAGUAGGUACAACUCCAAAUAUUAUUUCGGAGCUAGGUAUCUAAGCAUGGGAUUAGCUUAAAAAUCAUUUGGAGCUAAUAUAACUCCAAAAAUUAUGAAAAAGCUAGGUAUCUAAGGGGCUGAUUACUUGGGCCGAGUUGUCCCGCUUUGCCGAGUUGUCCCGGCUAAGCGAGUUGACUUUUGAAUUGCGAUUACAUGCACCGCGCUAACCCGGUUAGCCGGGCUGAAGUAGCUCAUUAAGAUCUGUAAUGCUUAACAAUUUAAUACUCGGUGUUUGAAAUCGAUUAAAAAUGGUGUAUUUGUUGUAUUUGAGGACUACUUUACCCACUGAAUGUUGUUGGUUGAGGUAUUUAUACUUAGCGCUGAUCCCAACAGGCUUAUACUGUUUGUAUUCUAACAAAAUUGUGUCGCGUUCAUUAAGUACUAUUUAAAAAACGAGCAGGAGUGUUUUAUUAGGUUUAAAGCCACGAGCGCGCAGCGCGAGUGGCUUUAGACCUAAUAAAACACGACCUGCGAGUUUUUUAAAUGGCUUCAAAAACGUUUGCAUAAUAAGUGACCUAAUAAAACACGACCUGCGAGUUUUUUAAAUGGCUUCAAAAACGUUUGCAUAAUAAGUCAAAUCUUCAUAUAAAAAUCUUUAUAUAAAAAAUCUUUAUAUAAAAAUCUUUAUAUAAAAAUCUUUAUAUAAAAAUCUUUAUAUAGUUUGAAAUUUUGUAGGUGUUUUCAUAAAAUGUCUUUUGUUAAAGUGUUCUUUAGAAAUCUUUAUAUAGUUUGCAUAAAAUGUCUUUUGUUAAAGUGUUCUUUAGCUGAUAUAAAGACGUAUGCACAUGACUAAUUUCUUACUCAAGAUUGGAUACUUGCUUCAUGAAUUAUUAAUGAGUUUUUGAAUAUAAUUUUGAUGUUAUUUGAAGUUUUUUAAACUUAUAUUUGUACAUAUUGAAAACUUAUAUUUGUACACAUUUGAAAUUAAAACAUACAUAAGUGUCAGGGUUCGUAGCGGUCUUUGAAAUCCUUGAAAGUCUUUAAAUUGGAAUGCAGGUCUUUGAGGUCUUUGAAAAGUCUUUAAAUUGUGUGAAAAAGCGAAGAAAGUCUUUAAAAGUCUUUAAAUUCUUUAGUGAGGAAUUGAUUAUACGAUUUCCUAGCUAAUAAAAUAGAUUGAUUGAAGCAAGAUUUAUGUGAUUUGACGGGACUGAUUACUGGGUAAAAAUGUUGCUUACACUCGCAAUUUUUCGACAGCUAAUUGCUCUCAGAGGUCUUUGAAAAGUCUUUGAAAAUAGGCAGGAAAAAUCUUUGAAAGUCUUUGAAUUUGUUUGGUCUUGGAGACUACGAACCCUGAGUGUGUCAACUUGCUUAGCUGGGACAACUCGCCCAUGUAAUCGGCCCCUAAGCCUGGAGUUACUGGCUAACUCGAAAAAUGAUUUUGGGCUAAGUAUAACUAAAAAAAUCACAAAAUAUCUAGGUAUUUAAGUCUGGAGUUACUGGCUAACGGCACACUUGGCAUUUUGUUCUCAUUCAGAGGCUAGAUUUUGAUCUGCAGGUCCGGCGCAACCUAUUCUCGUACCACUCGACCCUCGUCAUUCUCUGUUGACCGCGUGUAAGAUGGGCUCUGGGUACGAGAAUGUGGCAUAGCCUAGCUAGCUCCAUUUGAAGAUUGGCUACCUCCACAAAAAUAAACUCUACAGGUAUGCUGCUCACAUGCGAUUGAGGUGAAAUUGUAAUGAGACAACUGCAUAUUGCAGGAAUCAAGCCCUGAACACACAUGGGGGUGAAAGACACAUGUACUAACCAUUAUCUGAUAAAUACACCUCUCGAUAAACUGAUCUGUAUGCUUUCUAUUUGAUUGUUUUUAGGAAAGACAUUUGUCGCAACUCGUACAAACCCUGCGAAACUUUGGGUAAUUUAUUCUUUAGUAUUUUUCUGUCUACUUUCCAAAGAUUAGUCUUCGAAACUAGUUUUGACCUCUUUAUUGUUUAUUUGAGAUGAAUGUUUUUAAUCCCAGGCCUAUCGAAUAUGGACGGUAUGUGUUCAUCUGGAAGUGAGUGCAGUUUUAAUCAAGACACUGGUUUUACUUUGGUCUAUACCAUCGCUCACGAGUUAGGACAUAAGUAAGUCUUUUUAAAGUAUAAAAUCUAUGGGGUGUGAAUUGUCUAAUUACAAUGGGGGGUUUCGACCAACAUUAACAGAAGUUAGUAAUCAUUCAGCAUCGAUCUGAGUGGACACAGCGAGGUAGAGAUAGGUUUAAUUCCUACCAGAGGACCUUGUGCUGCAUUUUUCGCAGUCGUUCCUGGUCAGGUCUUAAAGUGUAUAUAUACUCACUUGGAUUACAAACCCUAAAAAACAGCAUGAGAGAAACGUAUGAGUAUCCCAAAUCAAUAAGGGUCUAGUUGAAUCUGGCCACUGUCUACAGAAUCAAGUUGCCAAAAGGUGACUAGUUUACAUGAACUUGUGGUUAGCUCUUUGCAACUACGUUUUGUAGCUUAGUGGUCGUAGCACUGCAAGUAGUUAUAUAUCCUGCACACCUCAGCUCUCCGUUAUCGUCUCUAUCUAAACUGAUAGCGACCGUUCCAAGAUUACGCAUACGAUUUUUUCUGUGUUUAGUCUUGGUGUCCUCCACGAUGAUGAUUACAGCAGUUGUGCGCGACUUCGUGAACAUAUCAUGGCAAGCAACCUUGUUGUCGAUCCACCAGAACAAUUGUGGUCAAAGUGUAGCAGAAGGGCCAUGAAAUCUUUCUUUUAGUAAGUUUAUCUCACAUUCACUCUCGGAUUCAAUUUUUACGUCUGUUAAUAUAGGUUGGGGGAACCUGCCCAGUAGCCGUAUACGUAGCCGUCGGUAGGUUGUGGAUGUCGCCGCUGGGAAGGGUUGGUAAAUGGGUUGGCGAUAGGGCUGAAAGCAGCAAAAUGGCUGUGAGGGUCGGGCAGAAGCAACCUAUUGUAAACAUAAUUCGAUAAUUCAGUUCUUGUACUGCGAGAGAGUGUGAGUCCAACGAUACAUUGCAAUUGCACUUCUCUUCUCGUGUUUUUUUUUGUCGUAUGGCUUAGGGACGGAUGAUCCGUCUGGAGGAACAUAUGCAAACUAGGAUAAGAUAACAAGUUCACAGAAUUACAGUAAUCAACUUCCCAUAGCAAGUCUGCUUCAUUAAAGUUUAAAAUCAAAUAAUUGUUUUUUUCUUCAGCAAAGGAUGGGGUUGGUGCCUUAAUGAUCAACCUGGAACAUACAUGCAACCAAAGUUACCAAGACGUAUGUUACCUGGUGAACGAUUUGACGCCGACGCUCAAUGCAAGAUGUUCUUUGGUUCCAAAUCAACCAUCUGUAGUGGUGCAGAGGUACGAGCUUAAAAAUGUACUACUUACGCAGGGCAGAAAAUGGUGGCCAAGUUGGGAACAGUUGACUCUUUUUAUUUGCUUCCAAAUGCAUGACUAAUAAUAUAAUAAGCUAAUUAACAAUUAUUGAAUGAGGUUGAGCAUGAUAUGAAGAAUAUCAAGCCAGAAGUUUGUGUUAUCGACCCAAGCCGAAGGCUGAGGGGAAAAUUAUUGCUGGUUUUCACAGGCUGAAAGAAUGCUCCUUCCGAGACCUCUUAGGAGAACAGUUUAGAAAUGAUAGAUCUAUCCAGUAUAAAUAAAUUUAGUUUAGUUCAGGUUUCCUCUUGUUCUAAUAAGGCAUUGCCUUUUUAGACCUCUAGGAAAAGUAGUUUGGAACUGAGAGAGCCAUUCAAAAUAAGAUGAUAAGAAGAUAAACCUGUAAUGUGGAAGUUAAACCCAAAUUCUUUUGUUUUCAGAAAGAUUUAUGCACGACAUUAUGGUGUGUUCACAAUAGUGGAUAUUGUGCGACUAGACAUGUUUCCGGCCUGAAGCCUAGUUUUCCCGCACUAGAUGGAACCCCUUGUGGUAAGACAAAGGUGAAUCUAUACUGAAAUUUAUACACUAAGGUUGUUGUCGUCAGGAUUUGAACCGUACUUUGAAAACGCGAGUGGUUUUUUGAUUUUUGUUUGAUUAAUAUAUUAAGAGGCAAUUUUUUUCAAUGUCACGUAUUUGCAAUGAAAGGUGUUCAAAACCUAAAAUAUUUUUGGAGUUCCUCUCAAAAUUACUUUGAGUCUUUGUUUUAGCUUUGUACAUUCUCUAGUUUAUAGCGUUAGCAACCUUUUUAAAUGCAUCUGCCGGUUGAGAAACAUAAAAUAAUAGUUGAAAAUUGUCAAUUAAAAUACAAUUAUCAAUGAUGCUUUAAAAUUGACGCCAUGCAUAUUUACAACCAUAUAAGCAAAACUUACUGAACUUCAGGCAUCAUUUUCUCUUUGGCGUAUCAUCUAAAAUCUCUUCAUUUUAGCAUUAUUUUACAGAUACAGAGAAACGUAUCGAAAAAUAAAAAUUUUGAAUUUAGUCAUAACCUCAAGUGAUAUAUUAUAUAUACGCAUUAGUUUUGAGCGCGUGUUACGUAACAAAAAAAACUCCUUAAUUUAUAUAUUUAAUAAACCUUCAAUAAUAAUUUGGAUUUAACAAUGUCACACACACGAAAACGAGACUCUCUAGCCAAAAUGUAUUUUCCGGCAGGAUGUACUGGUUCCUCGCAGCCAUACGUACAGAAUAUUAAAAUACGUUGUUUUAUUUGCAGCAUCAAUGGUGUUUUAAAGGGAAAUGCGUGACUAAGUUUAAGUUAAAAGAACCUGUUGAUGGCAGCUGGGGAGAAUGGUCACGCUGGAGUUCUUGUUCACAAUCUUGCGGCCGUGGAGUGAGGCGACGAACAAGAAGAUGUAACUCUCCCAGGUAAGCUCGUGUUUGUCAUCGACUUUGUUUACAUUGAAUAGCUCUACAGUUCCAAAUCAGUCGCUAACCUGUCAAUUUUAUUCUGCAGACCAGACCACGGAGGGUUUUACUGCGUGGGGGAAUGGAAGAGACACAAUAUAUGUAACGCACAGGUCAGUAUCGUAACUUUUAAAUGUACAUGUGCAGUUUUGUAAUGGUUACUUAAAUCCACCCAUUCAUCAAUCAUGUAUUCUUUAGCUAUGCCCAGAAGGAUCAGAUAAUCCAGUCCAAAUUCAAUGCAAGAAAUUUCGAGCGUUACUGGUGAACGGAAAGAAAUACAAUUGGACCGCUAAGCAAAAUCAUAGUAAGUUUAUGAGAUAAACUUAAGUAAACCAAACCAAAUUUAUUUAUACUGGUUAGCUCUAUCAGUUCUAAACUGUUCUUCCUAGAGAUCCGUCUCUUUGCCAAGUGUAACAAUAAACCUAAACUUAACUUGGCUGAAUCACACUGGAAGCAUUCUUCGCACAUGCUAUUAGAAUGCUGAUAAAUUGAUCAUCAGACAACUGCAUAUUGCAGGAACGAACCCCAGUGAUAUAAGACAAUGGUACAUGCAUUUAUAACCAUCGUGUUACCACCUCCUUUUUUGAUUUGACAACAAAUCAGAAUUUAGACGGCAAUAUUUUCGUUUAGGGAAUCCAUGUGAGUUGCGUUGUGUUCCUGUGGUAGAAAAUGGUCACUCCAGAAUCAGGAAGUUUAUUCAAGCACGAGAUGGUACUCCGUGUAACCAUGGCACCAGGAAUAUCUGUAUCCAGGGAAAGUGCGAGGUAUCAUGUUUCACAAUGGACUUGAUAUAUACUAUAUAGCUCUGUCAGUUCUAAACUUCCCAGAGUAAAACUCGUCUCAUGCAAAGUUAUAAUCAGGCUAAUGACUAACACUAGCAGGGAGGGACGAGAAGGAAGUUUUCAAGAUAUUUCAAAAUUGAAACUGAGAGUUCGCUUUAGUUUAGGGUUAAUGUUAGGGUCAGGAUUGAGGUAAGGUUUAGGGUAAGGUUUAUGAUUGUUAUGAGUGCAUUGUUUUUUAUUCUUUCGCGUUGUAAUGAUUUUGAAAAAAAGCUGCCACCUUGAAAACCUCCCUGUCGUCCAUGCCCUUUAUCAACGACCUCAUAUUCAGAAAAGUGCAUAAAGUAGGAAACGAACCUCGAUCACAGAGACGAAAGAUAUUCUAACCUCCGUGCAGUCAGCACUACAGAAAAUGUUUAAUGGGAAAGGGUGGAAACGAUUUUGAAAACUAUGGCAGUGAAAUUUUAUCUCCAUCUUUAUCAUUCCAUGACUCUUUGUUUCUUUUUCUUGCAGCAUGUAGGUUGUGAUGACAAGUUGUAUUCCAGCGCCAGAGAGGACAGGUGUGGCAUCUGUCGUGGUGAUGGGAGCACAUGUGAGACAAGACAUGAAUCCUUUGAUCAACUAGAAGGAGAAGGUGAGAUUGAAGCCGGAGGAAACCUAAACUAACUUUAUUUAUACUGGAUAGCUCUAUCAGUUUUAAACUGUUCUUUCUAAAGGCUCAGUAAGGAUCAUCACAGAAGCAAAUCUAACCUAAACUAACUUUAUUUAUACUGGAUAGCUCUAUCAGUUUUAAAGUGUUCUUUCUAAAGGCUCAGUAAGGAUCAUCACAGAAGCAAAUCUAAACUAAACUAACUUUAUUUAUACUGGGUAGCUAGAUCUGUUCUAGGAGUCAUCUCCACUAAAAAACUUGCGAUAUUUAGUGAAAACUGGAAACACUCUUCUCACAUCUGACGGAAAAAACACAUACACACCUUAAACACAUGACCCUAAACUUGACGAAAACCAAAUUUAACUGCUGCUGCUGUUGUAAUAAAACACAUAAUAACAUAUUUUUACCUUUCUCCAGGUUAUACUGAAGUAUUAGUAAUUCCAGCUCAGUCUCGAAACAUCAUAAUUCAAGAAGUGUCAGGCUCUCCUAACUUUCUAGCCUUGAGGUCAGCCUCGGGUGAUUACUACCUUAAUGGUAACUGGUAUAUACAGUGGAGUGGGGACUAUGAUGUUGCUGGAGCCAGCGGGCAAUAUUCUCGAAGACAUAACAGGGAGACGUUUGAGACGAAAGGACCGAUCACUGAAGACCUUCAUGUCUUGGUAAGUGUAUUCUUUCUUUCAUUCCUCUCUCCCUUUUUUACCUUCCUUCAUUAUUUUCUUUCGUCCUUCCUUUUUUCUGAUAUCGUUCAUACAAUCUUUCCUUCUUUUCUUUCUUUCUUCUCUGCUUCCUUGCUUGUUCAUAGUUACCACACAAGGUGUGCUGCAAAACAAAAUUUUAGUAGAACAAAUGCUCGUGCAAACUAUGGUAAAUACACUUUUAAGUUUAUUUCGUCAAAAAACUUGGAGUCUAUUGACUAUAGUAUCAUGUCUCUGUUAAUAUAUUUGAAAAUAAUUUAUUUAAAAAACUUUCUUUUACUUAAUCAAGUUUAAUUCAUAUAAUACACUUGUUCAUGUUCGUUGUAGAUAACUUAAACUUACUGUAGACAGUGUACUUUGACCAUGUCGUUUAUUAUACACCUUUCUGACUCCAUAACAUGGAUGUAAUUUAUAACCGUUAAACUUUUGUAAAUAGACCUAAAGUGUGCUAACUAAGUCAUUCUUCUACCAUUCCUUCUUUCCCGCUUUCCACUCACCCCUUCUUUCUCUUUCCAUUCGCCUCUUCAUUUGUCCAUUCCUCCCUUAGUCUCUACACUCCCUUGCAACUAUCUAACCUUCCUUUUAUUCCUUCUUCUCUUUCUCUCGUUGCUUCCUUCUAUCCCUCCUUCCAUCUUUCCUUUCUUACUUCCUCCUUACUUCUAUAGAUUGUUCUCCCAAAUACAAUUCGUAUCUUCUAUGUAGCUUCUUUACCAAGGCAAGAACACCGGACUCAAAGUUCAGUAUGAUGUACGAAAAAAUGAAACCAUAAAACCUCGAUAUUUUCACUGGAAAUAUAGUCCUUGGACGCCUUGCUCUGUCAGUUGUGGUCAAGGUAAGAUUUCCUAACUAUAGUAAUUAUACUGGAUAGGAGGUGGAGCUCCGUUCAGUACGAGUUAACCUGGACUUAAGUUUGAUUUCAAUUUUUUCAGGCAUACAGGAAAGAGAUAUGGGUUGUGUUGACCAAGAAAACAAUAUCGUUGACGAAAGAUUUUGUAGAAAUAAAUAUCGCUACAUAAAAAAACUUUGCAAACGUGUAGAGUGCCCACCAACGUAAGAAAAUAAAGUUAUGUCAAUAUUUCCCCAACUCUUUUAAAAAUAAAAUAAAAAAGUUAGAGUGUUUUGAAAUCACUAUAAUAAAGUUAUAAACGAAGAUGAAAUGUAAGACUUUGUAAGACUGUUAUUUGUAUCAUAGAAAGCUAGCAUCCACACCUCGUUAUUCUCAGGUACAGACACUUAAUUCCUAGUUGUUUAUUAUUUUCUUUUCAUUUUAUUCUUUCAGUUGGUGGGUUGGUGUGUGGCAUGAAUGUUCUCAAACCUGCGGGCAUGCUGUCAAAUACCGCGCUGUUCUUUGCACUCAGAUAAUCCUGGAUAUAAGACAGAUCAUAGAUGAUGAAAAAUGCGGCGGAAAUAAGCCAGCUGUUUCAACCGUUUGUGAACAACCUUUGUGUUGGACGGUACAUCCAUGGUCUAAUGUAUGUAUAAAACAUACUCUUUAAGUCAGUUGGUCAGUCAGUUAGUUAAUCAGCGAAUAAAUUUUAGUGAUAGAAAUUAAUUUAGUUUAGGUUUUCUCCUGUAGUAACACUGAUCGAUAAGACAUGGCUUUUACUGGACCUCUAGGGAGAACAGUUUAGAACUGAUAGAGCUAUCCAGUAUAAAUAAAGUUAGUUUAGUUUAGGUUUAUUCUCAGUGGCGUAGCCAACCCGACAAUUUAGUCCUGCUAUGCAAAUUCAAAAUUAUUAUCAUUAUUCAUUUCUUUAGAAAUUGAUUGUUUUCACAGUCAAUGAACAUGGAAAUAUUUGCAUAGCAGGACUAAAUCAUCUGACUGGCUACGCUACUGUUUAUUCUAGUAGUAACAUUGGAUCAAUAAGAGAUGACUCUUACUGGUCUUCAAGAGAGAACAGUUUGGAACUGAUAGGGUUAUCCACUUAUCCAGUAUGAAUAAAGUUUUUAGGUUUUCUCCUCGGGUAACACUGAACCACUAAGGGAAUGGACCUUACUGGACCUCUAGGGAGUACUGCUCAGAAUUGAAUUAUAUUUAUUUUACCAUGCAAAAAUAUUAAAUCAUUUAAAUAUGUUUUUCGCAGUGUUCAUCGUUAUGUGGUCUUGGGUUACAACAUCGUCUGGUAGAGUGUCCUGGAAACACGUCUCAGUGUGAUUUCUCUACCAAAUCUAUCACAAACCGUACGUGUAUGGGGAACACCUGUGCCCAGUGGCGCGUAACACCCUGGGGAGAGUGUUCGACAAGCUGUGGUAAUGGUACCCAGAUCAGGCGUGUGUCAUGUGAACAUCACGACGAGAACAUGUGCAGGCGACAUGAGAAGCCAAGGUCAACUCAAGUAUGUCCUGGUAUUCCGUGUCCAGUUUGGAGAACGGGAGACUGGAGCGAGUGUUCAGUGUCGUGUGGAAAGGGAGUGGAAACUAGAAAUGUCACAUGUGCAGAACGUCAUGUGAAUUUCACGUGCAGUGCAUCGGAGAAGCCCAUCAUGGUUCGACCAUGUUUGCAAAAGGUACGCCAUUGCAAUUAUCCUGGGGGAAAUUAUGCCAUAUAUUUUUUGAUGGUCCAUACACAUAUAGACGAAUCAUGCUGGAAAUAUCAUCCAUCUGACAGACAUCCAUCUUCCUGUAAACGCAACUAGACGAACUAGCUAGCUGUGAAGAAAUCAUGCCUGGUAUUGGCAUUAUUCAUACUAGGGAUUGGUCAUCUGUCAAAGAUCAGUAGAUCAACCAGCUAACAUAAUACGAUCUAUAUGUACUGGCAAAUGGUUCUGGAAACUAAUCAUGUCGAAUCUUUUCGUGAUAGUUCGUCUUGUGUUGUAUUUACCGCAUCAUCCGUCAGUCUUAGUGUAAACACAGGACGAAUUAUCCAGAUGAACUAGCUAGCAUGGCGUGAUCUAUACUGGCAAUGGUUCUGAGAAAAAUCAAAAUUGAUAUUUUUACUUAGGCUAUGUUUACAUUGUAUCGGAUCACUUUGCGUCCGACGCAAAAACCAUACCGGAUAGGGCUUCUGUUUACAUAUGAAAUGUUGUUAUCGUCUCAAUUUCUGCAACGGACCGGUGGUGCGGCGGUUCGCUCUUCGAAGUGGUGCGCUGUGUAUCGGAUCGGUUUUUGCAACGUUCUCAUUGCAAUGUAAACACCAUUCGGAGCAAUUUUCGGUUCAAUGCGUGACUCAAGAUGGCAUCAGGGGAAACAAAGACUUGCUAUUCUAAUCUUAUUUGCUGGUAUAGCUUGCUCACUUAUAAUAUUUUUGUAUUUAGUUGGGCGAGGGCGGAAGCUGUUUACAGUUGGGCCGUAACGUUUCGUGAAUGGAGCAAAAACCGAUCCGAUACAAUGUAAACAUAGUCUUAGCCUCCUCCGCAGGCAUCUCAUUGAGGAAUCGGGUGGUCGGAAAAAAUCACUGGCUAAAACCCAUAGAGAGGCCUGUGGAGGAGGCUAUAUUUUACUACACCCAGGUGGAUCAUAAACUGUAGACCAACAACGCAGAUAAUUCGGGUUUAUUAUACAUAGACGAGUUAGCAGAUGAACUACAUGUUCUUUGUUCAAGUAUAUAUCCGAAUAAGGCUUCAGCUUUUACAAUUUUCUAAACAUUGUUGUUUUUUAAAUAGCGAUGUUCUGGUUGGACAGUGGGCGAAUGGAGCUCUUGUUCAGCGUCUUGUGGAGAGGGAAUCAGAGAGCGGAAAGUUGUGUGCUCUUUUACAUCCUGCACAACAUCCACCCGUCCGAAACACAAAGAGAUCUGCCUGAUACGAGAUUGCCCACAGUGGUCAGCUAGCACGUGGUCUGAGUGUUCUGUCAGUUGUGGUGAGGGUACACAAUAUCGUAACAUCACUUGCAGUGAUCCUACAAAUCCCUGCCCCGAGGAAACAAAACCCCCAAGUGUCCAGCAGUGUCUUACACAGGAGUGCACUACAUGGAGUUUUGGUAACUGGACUGAGUGUUCAGUGAGCUGUGGCUCCGGGGUGCAAACUCGUAGUAUUAUAUGCAAUGCUGCAACUCAGGAGGAAUGCGAGCGAGAUAUACCCGACGCUGAGAAGCCUUGUAACGAACGACCAUGUAUGAUGUGGGAGACUGGGAACUGGAGUGAGGUAAGACCACUGAUCUUAUAAGAAGACUUAAUAGAGCAAGCCGUACUUAUAUUUAAACAUUGUUAGACAACAGGAAAAAGGGAUACAUUAAUAAGGGACCAAACGUACGGGAGAUCUGACUUUGUUUUUACUGCGUAGCUCGAUCAGUUCUAAGCUGUUUUCCCUAAGGCACAUGCUUGGUCUAUCUCUUAUUUGUUCAGUGUUACUGCAGGAGGAAACCUAAAUGAAACUAAUUUAAUGAAUUAUACUAGAAAGUGUUACAAGAAGAGGCGUCCGGAGUACCCAGAGAAACCCUGCGGUGUUUGGUAGAAUCAAACAGGAACCCGUCUUCUCAGAUGUGACUGAAGAGAAAAUGUAAUCAGACAAAUGCAUGUUGCUGUGGCAGAGGUUACAAAGGCAUGUGCACCACGCAUUGUGCGCAUGCACAACACCUACAUUGAUGCAUUACACUAAUACAUGUAUUUCGUCCUAUUUUAUUGUAGUGCUCCACAGCUUGUGGUUUAGGUAUACAAGAGAGAUCAGUGUUGUGCCCGAGUGGCUCCUGUAAUCUCCAAGACAAACCCAAUGCGACCAAGCCUUGCUUUAUACCAGACUGCGCGGUAUGGGUAACUGGAAACUGGGAAAAAUGUGCUGUAUCCUGUGGCGAAGGGGUGCAAACGCGUCAAGUGUAUUGCAGUGACGAUGAUGAAUCCUUAUGCAAUGCCCUUGAGAUGCCUGAAUCCACACGGGAUUGUUUCGUGUCGCAAUGUGGUGCGUGGAUUGUCACGCGUUGGGGGCCGUGCUCAGCAAAAUGUGGCCUCGGCUACACUACCCGUAAUGCUUCAUGCAUUUAUCCUGAUUCCCGAAACUGCUCGAAUAAACCUAACGUCGUUAAGAUGUGCCAAGAAGCUCCUUGUAGUAAAUGGAGUACGGGGCAAUGGAGCCCCUGUUCUGUAACAUGCGACCGAGGUUUCCAAAGACGUAUUGUUUCAUGCCACGGUGGGCAAUGCCUCGCUUCGACCAAACCACUUUCGAUAAAAGUGUGCUUGACGCCAAGUUGCGGUCAGUGGGUCGCUAGCAACUGGAGUGAGUGUAGUGCCAGUUGUGGUGAUGGUAUACAGAUACGUGAUAUAAUAUGCAGUGAUGUGGAUCGUAAGAAGUGUACAGAUAGAAAGCCUGUGGUAAAACGGUUUUGUAACAAGCAGAAAUGUCCGUAUUGGCUUGUUGGCGAAUGGGAGAGCUGCUCAGCAUCGUGUGGGAAUGGGACACGAAGCAGAAAUGUAACAUGUGUUGGUGGUAGUUGUCCUAGUUCCACCAAACCAGCUAUGUAUCAACCAUGCUACUCUGGCCAAUGUCCAAAGUGGGUGAUGCAUGAUUGGAUACCAUGUUCUCGUAGCUGCGGUAGUGGUUUCCAGAUACGAAUGGUCUACUGUAAAGGCAAGACUGAUUCAAGCUGUGAACAUUUGGUCCAACCGAACUUUUUGAGGAGAUGCAAUAAGCUGUCUUGUCCGCAAUGGACUGUAGGGCACUGGGGUGUCUGCUCUAAGUCAUGUAAUGGGGGAACACAGAGUAGAAAUGUGAGCUGUACCAAUAGUCAUGUUGGUGAAUGUCCAGAACAAAGUAAACCAAGCACCAGACAGAAGUGUGGCGAGCUUCCUUGUCCACAGUGGGUUGCUGAUCCAUGGUCAGAAUGCUCUAAAUCGUGUAAUGGUGGAAGACAGAUUAGAGUCGUGACUUGUAACAAUAGUCAUGUUGGUUCGUGUUUAGAACACAGUAAGCCAGCGGGUAGUCAGAAGUGUGGUCAGGUACCAUGUCCCAUGUGGUCUGUUGGUCAAUGGUCAAAAUGCUCAGAAUCUUGCGAUGGUGGAAUACAGACUAGGGAGGUUACCUGCCAGAAUAGUCAUAUUGGCGAAUGUUUUGAAAGGAAUAAGCCUGCUACCAAUCAGGAGUGUGGCCAAGUACCGUGUCCGAAAUGGUCUGUUGGUCAAUGGUCAAAAUGUUCGAAAUCCUGUGAUGGUGGUACACAGACUCGAGCUGUCACAUGUAACAAUAGUCAUGUUGGUGAUUGCUUGGUAACAGAUAAGCCAGAUAGUACGAGAAGGUGUGGUAAUAUACCAUGCCCAGAAUGGUCAGUUGGCCAAUGGUCAAAAUGUUCAAAGUCUUGCGGUGGUGGAAAAAAGAACAGAUCUGUAACGUGCGAGAACAGUCAUGUCGGAAAAUGUAACUCUGACACAAAACCAACUUCGAUGGUGACAUGUAGCGACGUACCAUGCCCACAGUGGACAGUUGGUGAAUGGUCAUCAUGCUCUAAGUCAUGUAAUGGUGGUAUACAGUCCCGUUCUGUGACUUGUAACAACAGCCAUGUUGGCGAGUGUCUUAGCAAGGAAAAACCACCAACGAAUCAAAGUUGUGGUAAGCUACCGUGCCCACACUGGAGAGUUGGUCCAUGGAGGAAAUGUUCAAAAUCUUGUGGUGGUGGUCUAAAAAUUAGGGUCGUAUUUUGCAGAAACACCCAUGUUGGUGAAUGUUUGGCAGCAGAUAAACCACGUGGUAUCAAAACAUGUCGCAAAGUGGCAUGUCCAGUAUGGUUGAUGGGCGAAUGGUCGGGCUGUUCCAAGAGUUGUGGUGGUGGUAUUCAGUCACGAACUAUUUCAUGUAGAAACAACCACAUUGGUCGAUGUGAUGCAAGGAAUAAACCAGUGGACAGGCAGAAAUGUGAUGAAAUACCAUGCCCACAUUGGUCAGUGGGUAAUUGGUCAAAGUGCUCUAAAACCUGUGGUGUUGGUAUGCAGACUAGAGCUGUAACUUGUGAGAAUGGUCAUAUCGGUAAAUGUACAGGAGAGGAGGAAAGACCAAGUACGAACCAGAAAUGUGGUGAGGUACCAUGUCCAGAGUGGUCUCUCGGUGAGUGGUCAAAGUGUUCCAAAUCGUGUGGUGGUGGAACUCAGACUCGAAAUGUUGUAUGCUUGAAUAACCAUGUUGGUAAUUGUUCAGAAAAAGACAAACCAUCUACAAACCAACAGUGUGGUGAGCUGCCAUGCCCCAAUUGGGUCAUUGGUAUGUGGAGUGAAUGUUCAAAGUCGUGCGAUGGUGGUUUUCAGACCAGAACUGUUUCAUGUAACAAUAGUCAUGUUGGUUGUCCAGUUAAAGAAAGACCAACAACCAACCAAAUAUGUGGUGAAAUACCAUGUCCAAAAUGGACAGUUGGUAGUUGGUCGAAAUGCUCUAAAUCAUGUGAUGGUGGGGUGAAGUACAGAACUGUUAGUUGUAAAAAUAACCAUGUUGGUGAAUGCUUAGAGACAGAAAAACCACGAGAUGCCAAGAGUUGUCGUAAUGUAUCAUGCCCUGAAUGGUAUGUUGGUGAAUGGUCAAAAUGUUCUAAGAGUUGUGAUGGUGGAAUCCAAUCGAGAACGGUGUUUUGUAACAAUAGUCAUAUUGGUGAAUGUUUGGCAACAAGUACACCAAAUAGUACCAAUCAUUGUGGUAAAUUACCAUGCCCGAAAUGGUCAGUUACCGAAUGGUCAAAAUGCUCUAAGUCUUGUAACAAUGGAACACAAACAAGAACUGUCAGAUGUAACAAUAACCAUGUUGGUGAUUGCCUUGCAACAAAUAAGCCAGACAGUAGCAAACGAUGUGGUGAUGUACCAUGUCCCGAAUGGUCUGUAGGUGAAUGGUCAGUAUGUUCUAAGUCCUGUAAUGGUGGUAUCCAGACAAGAAUGGUGACAUGCAGAAAUAUCCAUGUUGGUGAUUGCCUGCUAAAUAUCAAACCAGUGUCCAGUCAGAAAUGCAGUGACGGACCAUGCCCAUGGUGGAUUGUUGGUGCAUGGUCUAAAUGUUCAAAGUCUUGUAAUGGUGGGGUUAAAUAUAGAAGAGUGAGGUGUGUGAACAAUCACAUUGGUGUUUGCGUGGCUGCAAAGAAACCUCGUACCAUGAAACAUUGUCACAAAAAACCUUGUCCCAUAUGGUCAGUUGGUCAAUGGUCAAAAUGUUCUAGGACUUGUAAUGGUGGUAUUCAGACACGCACUGUUAUCUGUAAAAACAGACGUGUUGGUGAAUGUGUGGCCAAAGACAAACCAGCCACCAACCAAAAGUGUGAUGAUGUACCAUGUCCUAAAUGGUCGGUUGCUGAAUGGUCAAAAUGCUCCAAGACUUGUAGUGGUGGGAUUCAGACACGAAUUGCGAGAUGCACGAAUAGUCAUGUUGGUGAUUGUGUGAUAGCGGAUAAACCAACCACCCUCCAGAAGUGUGAUGAGGUGGCAUGCCCUCAAUGGUCAGUCAGUGAAUGGUCACCAUGUUCUAAAUCCUGUGAUGUUGGAAUUCAAACGCGAAAUGUCACGUGUGUGAACAGUCACGUUGGCGCAUGUUUAGCCAAAGAUAAACCAAAUACCAACCAGAAGUGUGCUAAUGUACCAUGUCCAGUUUGGUCAGUUGCUGAAUGGUCAAAAUGUAGCAAAAUUUGUGAUGGUGGUAUUCAGAAGCGAAUUGUCACAUGUAACAAUAGUCAUAUUGGUGAUUGCGUGCCAACAGAUAAACCAAUGGUCAGCCAGACGUGUAAUGUACUACCAUGCCCACACUGGUCAGUUGGUCAAUGGUCAAAAUGUUCAAAGUCGUGCGAUGGUGGUAUUCAAAAACGAACUGUGUCUUGUGAGAACAAUCAUGUGAUUGCAUGUUUACCCAACGAAAAACCACAAGAAUCUCAAAGUUGCGCCGACGUACCAUGUCCAGAAUGGUCAAUUACUGAGUGGUCACCAUGCUCUAAGUCUUGUGAUGGUGGCAUUCAAACAAGAACUGUAAAAUGUAAUAAUAGUCACGUUGGUGCCUGCUCGCUGAUCGAUAAACCAGAAGAGACCAUGCAGUGUGGUGAAGUAUCAUGUCCUGAAUGGUCAGUUGGUUUAUGGUCAGAAUGUUCUAGAUCGUGUGACGGUGGUAUACAGACCCGAACUGUUACAUGUAACAAUAGUCAUGUUGGUGAAUGCUUGCCGAAUGAUAAACCAGAUAGUACCAAUAUGUGUGGUGAACUACCAUGCCCUGAGUGGUCAAUUACUGCGUGGUCAUCAUGCUCUAAGUCUUGUAAUGGUGGGAUUCAGACACGAACUAUCACAUGCCUCAAUAGUCAUGUUGGUGAUUGUGUUUUAGCAGAUAGGCCAGAUGGUGCCAGGAAAUGUAGUGAUGUACCAUGUCCAUUAUGGUCUGACGGUGAAUGGUCUGAGUGUUCUAAAUCUUGUGAUGGUGGGAUUCGAACACGAACUGUUGUAUGUGAGAACAACCAUGUUGGUAAAUGUUUACCUAAUGAUAAACCAGUUACCAGCAAGACGUGUGCUGAUGUACCAUGCCCUAAAUGGUCUGCCGGUCAAUGGUCAAAAUGCUCCAAAUCGUGUGAUGGUGGUACUCAAACACAAACUGUGAUUUGUAAGAAUGAGGAUGUUGGCGCAUGUAUUGAGAGCGAAAAGCCAGACAGAACUAAAUCGUGUGGUAAACUACCAUGCCCAAAAUGGUCUGCUAGUCAAUGGUCAAAAUGUAGCAAAACCUGUGGUGGCGGUAUUCAAAAACGAACUGUGUCUUGUGAGAACAAUCAAGUUGGUGACUGCUUGGUGACAGAUAAGCCUGCUGGUACCCAAAAGUGUGGUGAUGUACCAUGCCCUCAAUGGACAGUUGGUGAAUGGUCAAAAUGUUCUAAAUCCUGUGAUGGUGGUACACAGACUCGAACUGUCACGUGUAAAAAUAACCAUGUCGGUAAAUGUCUAGAACAGGACAAGCCUAAUAUCAACCAAAAGUGUGGUGAUGUACCAUGCCCUCAAUGGACAGUUGGUGAAUGGUCAAAAUGUUCUAAAUCCUGUAAUGGUGGUACACAGACUCGAACUGUCACAUGUAAAAAUAACCAUGUUGGUAAAUGUCCAGAAGACAGACCAAACAUCAACAAAAAGUGUGGUGAUGUACCAUGUCCAGUCUGGACAGUUGGUACUUGGUCAACAUGUUCUAAAUCCUGUGAUAGUGGUACACAGACUCGAACUGUCACGUGUAAAAAUAACCAUGUUGGUAAAUGUCUAGAGCAGGACAAGCCUAAUAUCAACCAAAAGUGUGGUGAUGUACCAUGCCCUCAAUGGACAGUUGGUGAAUGGUCAAAAUGUUCUAAAUCCUGUGAUGGUGGUACACAGACUCGAACUGUCACGUGUAAAAAUAACCAUGUUGGUAAAUGUCUAGAACAGGACAAGCCUAAUAUCAACCAAACUUGUGGUGAUGUACCAUGCCCUCAAUGGACAGUUGGUGAAUGGUCAAAAUGUUCUAAAUCUUGUAAUGGUGGUACACAGACUCGAACUGUCACAUGUCAAAAUAACCAUGUUGGUAAAUGUCCAGAAGACAGACCAAACAUCAACCAAAAGUGUGGUGAUGUACCAUGUCCAGUCUGGACAGUUGGUACUUGGUCAACAUGUUCUAAAUCCUGUGAUAGUGGUACACAGACUCGAACUGUCACGUGUAAAAAUAACCAUGUUGGUAAAUGUCUAGAGCAGGACAAGCCUAAUAUCAACCAAAAGUGUAGUGAUGUACCAUGCCCUCAAUGGACAGUUGGUGAAUGGUCAAAAUGUUCUAAAUCCUGUGAUGGUGGUACACAGAUUCGAACUGUUGCGUGUAAAAAUAACCAUGUUGGUAAAUGUCUAGAAGAUAGUAAACCACCUUCCAGGAUAACUUGUGGGGAAAUAUCCUGCCCAAAGUGGAUUGUCGGUAAUUUCAGCGAAUGUUCAAAGUCGUGUGGUUCUGGGGAGCGAACUCGUACUGUGCAAUGCAUGGGGGGUUCUUCUCUACCAUGUCAAGGUAUCAAGCCUGCUACUGGCGAGGUUUGCAACGAUAUAUCAUGCCCAGUCUGGAUUGUUGGGAACUGGACAAGAUGUAAAGCAAUCAAAUCACGGAAAUGCCCCAAAGGAAAACAAUCUCGACUCGUUGACUGCAGCUGGGAGGACAGACGAGCGUGUAGUCGAGCAGCCAAAAAACCGGUUUCACGUCAACGUUGUGUGGUUGAGUGCGCACAAUGGAAAACAGGAGAGUGGAGUGAGGUUAGUUUGGAAAAAUAAUUCCGCUUGUUGUAGAAUACUCCUGAUUUGAAGUUGUAAAGGAAAGUCAAACUAAAUUUAUUUCCAGUGGAUAGCUCUAUCAGUCCCAAGCUUUCUGAGAAGGCUUUCUCCUUAGACGUCUAGAUGGGUAGUCGCUUAAAUAUCCAGUGUUACUACAGGAGGAAACGAAACUAAACUAAUAGCAAGCGCCUUUCACCUCUGAGAUCUUCGAUUCUAGCUGCGGACUCAUGACACUAGUCAGUGAACGCUCUACCGAAGUCAUGGGUUUUCUCCGGGUAUUCCGGUUUCGUCCUCAGGGAUAUUUACAGGUCGAGGUUGGGAUUAGCCCCCAACUGACCCUUCCACUGUAGCUGUGCUUUGUGAUCAAGAUAUGAGUUAUAAGGUGGAAGCCAAAGGGGCCCUUAGAAAGCCUUCAACUUGAUCAGGCUGAGCUUCAGCUUGGCUCUCAGAUUGCAUAUCUCCUAAUUGCCACUCACCUGACAUCAACUGAUUAUUCCUGUCCUUUAUUUAGUGUUCCUGCACGCAAGGAAUAAUGUCUCGCCGAGUUUGGUGUGAAGGUGGAGAUAGGAUGUGUAAGUUGCGCCAGAAACCUGUCGGACGUAAACCUUGUCGGAGGUCUUCAUGUAAGGUGUGGGAGACUGGUGACUGGAAUGUGGCAAGUUAUCCAGAAGUGUAAACGUCGCAAAACACGCUUCUGGAAAGUACGUCACCUUGGCAAUAGAGCCUCGUUUUCGUGAUUUUGCCAAUUACGUUUCCAAGUUCAAAUAUUGGGCGAACUUGGGAACCGCGCGUUGAAAAGUGACUUGAAAUCGACAAUAAAUCUUGUUGAAGAAUGAAAGUAGUGAUACAUCAUAAUUUGUGUUGUGUUGUGUUGUGUUGUGUUGUGUUGUGUUGUGUUGUGUUGUGUUGUGUUGUGUUGCUAUCUACUCAAUGUACUUGAUUAAUUUGGACCUAAAUAGACCUUCCCCUCCUUACAGCCGCCUACUUUAUCAAAACAGACACCUACUCUGAAUAAUUCUGAAAGCCCUGGGGUUUUAACUGAUGUCACAUAUACACGAGAACGAGCCUCUAUAGCCAUACUUUCCGGAAGAGUGAAUUGUGAUGUCAAUUUUUGUUUUUGCUUUAUUUUGUAGUUUACACAGUUAGCAACUUUUUCGGGUGUAUCUGGCGGUUGAGAAACACAGAAUAAUUGUUAAAUAUUGUCAAUUCAAAUACAAUUAUCAUUGAUACUGUAAAAUUGACGCCAUGUAGCAAUAUAAGCAAAACUUACCUAACUUCAGACAUAAUUUUCUCUUUGGCGUACUAUCUAAAAUCUUUUCACUUUAGCAUUAGUUUACAGAAAAACACUAAAAAGACAUUUUAAGUUUGUUUGCCGCUUGAAAAACGUAUAAAAAAAUUGAAAAAUUUAAUAAAAUCAUAACCAAUACAUUAGUUUUGAGCACGUGUUCGGUAGCAUACAAAAGUUCUUCUCUUAACAAUUAUUCAAAUUAUCACUUGCUUCAUUGUUCACUCAUUCUAGUGUCCAGUUUCCUGUGGCGGAGGAUUGCGAGGUAGGAUUGUACAUUGCGUAGACAAAGGUUCACGUGAUCUGACUCAAGGUUGUGAGAGAAAGACUAAACCGGCGACAGUUCAAGCAUGCGCACUGAAUGAAUGCCCAUCAUCGCCAGGUAGUUAUGAAACAAAUUAUUUAGUUCGUAUCUUCUCUAUUCUUUUGUAAAUUUCAUUCACUUUGUCUUAUAUACAGUAGUGGAUUCAAACUAAACUAAAUUAACUUUAUUAUGUUCUGGUUAGCUCUAUACUGCUCAUGAACUGUUCUCCCUAGAGGUCCAGUAAGUGCUAUCUGUUAUUGUUCCAGUGUUUCCACAGGCGGAACUGGAGAACUCGGAGAAAACCUGCUGACUCGCAGUAAAAUUGGUUGUAAUCUUCUAAUAUGUGCAGUGGCGUAACCAGGGUCUAAACUGGGGUGGGGGCAAAAUUUUAAUGGCAUUUGAAGUGUGAGCGCCAAAGGCUCGAGCAUCAGUAUCUAGGGGCCAGUAUCCCUUAAUAUUACUUUAAUUUAUCUUUUAUAUUUUCUUAAAAUUGUAAUUCUUCAUGUCAAUCAAGGGAAAAUAAAUUAAUUAAAACACGAUGUCUUCGCUUUUGAAGUGGAAAUUAUAUUGUAAUAAAAAGAAUGAACCUUGAACUUUGACUGCUGCUAUGCGCGUAAAUUCAAGUUUAAAUGUGCUUUCCAUCACCAGUUAGGACUAUAGGAGUUAGGAUUCUAGAGAGGGAACACUACAACUUUUAUUAGUAAACAGAAGAGAUGAGAAUCAUUAUUCACACAUCGUACCGCCGAACCCCAUUUCUGCCCGGAUUUCAGCUUUUCACAAGGGCAGUCCUUUUGCCCAUUGGGACCAGAGUCCCCCCCCCCCCACCUUGGCCACUCCAUUUCAUGUGUGACUGAAAGCUGAAAUAUAAUCGACAAUUGCAUAUAGCAGGAAUCAAACUUCAGUCACAGUGCACGAAUUUAACCACUGUAGCUGUAAGUUUCCGACUUGUCGACAUUCAAUAUGUGAUUUCAAUCAAAACUUUAGAUGUUACUUAGGGAUAAAACGUAAAAUUAUACACGUUUAUAAAUAUAACAAAUAUAUUUGUAUACAAAUAUAAACGUUUGUUUUCAUGUUCUUGGUUUUGGGUAAAUCUUGUCUAAACGAUGGGAACUAAUCAGGUGAAUGCAAACGAAAUAAUUUGUUUUUCGCCUUGUUUAGAUGACAUGAAGCCACCAUCAAGAAUAAAUUGUCGACAGGCCAUAAAAGACGGGUAUUUCUGCAAUCUACUUCUCAGACCAUCGCUGAGUGAACUGUGUUUAUACAAACAAUGGAAACGAAGGUGUUGCAAGAGUUGUUUUUUGAUUCACGCGCAGAGAAGGAAGAAGUAA